AUCAUGUCAGCAGUUGCAACACUUUUUUUUGGCACCUCCGAAUAUACAUACAUAUAUGUAUACAUACAGUGGACCAAUAAAGUUUACAUACACCUAAUUCUAUUAAAUGACGAGACGAGAAUUAAUAAAUUUUGUGUUUUUUUCUAUCCAUUUCAAAAGAUGUAUAUUUAACAUUAAAUUUAGCAUAUCAAAAUAUUUUUUUUUUUACAAAUAAAAAAAAAUGAAUGCUAAAGCUUAAAUGGGCAUAAUUUAUAUCAAAAAAGUUUACGUACACUAAUGAUUAUUCAAAAGUAAUUACGAUAUUUUUAGCGGUUUUUUGCCCAGAUUUUGUUGAUAUUAUUGUCCCUAGACAUCGAUUUGACCCACUAGGUCCGCGAUCCAGCUUAUUUUGAUGAAGUUCGAUGUUUUCGAAUACGAUUUUCCAAAAUGUUCAAGAUAUUUUGAAUAGGAUUAAUGUAUGGUGAUUGCUGGACCUAUAGAGUUAUUUUGAAUUCUCUAACAACCCUGCACGUACAAGAUAAGACGGGUGUUUUGGGUCGUUAUCUUGUUGUAAAUAGAAGUGGCCGCUAUUAACAGCCGAUUUAAGCACACUUAAAAUUUAAAUUUUUUUCUUAAAAUGUUCAGAUACAUAUGCUUAUCCAAAUUUAUUAAUUUUGAAACAAAUAAAGGUCUCGUAAUUUAAUAGAACUAGGUGUAUGUAAACAUUUUUUGGUCCACUGUAUAUUUUUUUUUUUUUUGUGUGUUUUUUUUUUAAGUGGGUGAAGCAUCAAAAGCUGGAGUGCGGAACUUUAAUCCGCUAAACUUAACCUACUCCCAACAUCAGACUCUCCCACGGAACCACCUGAUAAGUGAUAAGGCAUUUAAGUCUCCUCUAAGGCACGGACUAACGGACGCCUCCUCUGCUCUAUAGGUCUCAGUUUUGUCAUGAUUGAGGCUGCCGUUUCACUGACAGCUCUCCAGUUCUCAGUGGAUUGACACACGAGUGUUGUUAAAUGUUCCACCGUAAAACACCCCCGAGUGUAGUUUUAAGUAUUUCCCUUACACUUAUAAAGCGCGGGCAAUACAAGAAUACAUGCUCAGAGUCUUCACAGCACUCUGAACACGACGGAAAAUUCGGACUAAUGUCGUGCUGGAAUCUGUACAGGUAGUUUCUAAAGCACCCAUGUCCACUUAGUAUUUGAGUUAGGUGGAAAUCCAGGUACCAAUGUCGUCGAUCCAGGAAUGGAUGCCCGGUAUCAAUCUGUAGGUUCCCCGUCCUUUGCGUGAGGUUUACCGCCGCUGCUGACAUAUCACUAAGCUUUUCACUCUCUCUUCUCUUUUGGCUCCUAUAGAUGGCUCUUUUCUUGUACUUAUAAGCAAGAAUUCUGCCUUUUGCUCAGCCAAUUCUAAACUCGUUUAGGUGAACCAUUUUCACAGACCGUUUAUACACUCAUUGCAUUUGCUCCGGAGGUCAUCCAGGUGUUUAGCCACUGCUACCACAAUAAGGUCUUCUGCAUAUGCAACUGAUUUAAUAGCUUUCGGUUGGUGUCUCCUUAGCACCCCAUCAAUACAUUAUGUUCCAAAGAAGGGGGUCUAGUACCGAGCCUUGGGAUACUCCACUCGAAAUAGAGAAGCUCUUGGUGCCUUCAUCUGUAUCGAAUACAAGUCGCCUGUUUCCAAAAUAACUCAACAAUUUUCAUAAGAUAUUGAGAAGCGCGUGCGUCAUUCAGAGCCUUGAUUAUAUUUGUCCAUUGAAGGCAUUCUUCACAACCAGGGUGAUCAACGCACAAUAUUUUUUGUGUCGCCUUUUCAUCACUUGCCACUUACUGUGCAUUUCGCAGUGUCUACUACAUCGUAUAGUGCGCCCUCUUUUCAUAAAGCCGUAUUGUCUUUCUGAUAAUCCGCCGGUUUUCUGGAUUGCUAACUCCAAGCGGUUUCUUACAAUGCUUUCAUAUACUUUGCCAAUAGUGUCAAGCAUGCACAGAGGUCGAUAUGGUGAAUGUACCUCCGUAGGCUUUUUUGGUUUAAGAAGUAGAACCAAUCGCUGGUCUUUCCUUGGGUCGGAAAAUAUUUCUUCUUUUAAACACACAUUGUAAAUUUUGGUUUCAGAGUCAUGGCUUCCUUUAAGGCUCUGUUUGGUAUGCCAUCUAAUCCAGGCGCUUUGCUGCUUUUAAUUUUUCCGGCUAUGGCAAAUAUUUCUUCCUUACUAACUAGCACUGGUGGCUCUACGACUUCAGUUCGAAGCUUAGCAUAAGAAAUAAUGUGGUGUUUUGGAAACAAAGUUUCGACGACAUUUCUUAUAAAGGAUGUGCUUUUGGGUUGUUGUGCCUUGUUUUUGAAUUUCGACAUACAGAUUUUGUAUGCUGUUCCCCAGGUGUCUUCGAUUGCUUCUUCACAAAGUUUUUCAAAACACUUCUUUUGGCUGCGGCCAAUGGCUGACUUCAGAAGCUUCUUCUGACUUUUAAAUACUUUGCGGAGACUGCUUUCAUUUUCUUCACGUUGAUUACGUUGUAGGCGGCGUCUAGUUGAAUUGGGGUGUUGGGGAUUAACUAAAAAAAAACAUUUCAAAUUCAAAUUACAUAUGUACAUAUCUUUAUUCAGGCUUUACAGUGAUUAUUUACAUAUAAUACAUACUUAUACAUCUUAAAAAUAUAUUAAAAAAUCAUAAAAUAAAAAAACUAAAAAUAUUUCAUUUAUUAUGUACAUACAUAUGUUAAUCUACACCUGUAAAUUGUUAAAAACACAUAUUAUAUGUCUAUAUACAUAUGUAUUUAUAAAAUUAAAUUUAAUCGGCGAGCUUUUUUCCCAGCAAAUAUGUCAAUAACUUCUUUUGUUGGCACAUUUAUACGGCGAUGAACCGACAUCAAUGCCAAACCAUUUAAUCUUUCCGUGCUCUUCAUAGUUGAAAAAGAUCGCUCGGAAGAGCAUGUAGUAACUGGCAAAGUUACCAAAAUUUUUAAAAGAAAAUGCACAUUUGGAAAUAAAUCUUUAUUGCAGGCUUCAAGCGAUUCUAUUGCUGAAUUAGGCAUGUUUAUUUCGGGUUCGUUGCGCCAUUUUGUUUGCCAAAGCUGCAAUUCAGACUUAAUCUAAUUGUCUUUUAAAAAUUUUUCAUAAAAUGAAAAGGUGUUUUCGUGAAAUACUGUGCCAGCCUUUACACACUCUUUUGGUAGCAAUUUGUAAAGUUGUGUCACUGUUACAUUAUGCUUUUCAAAUCUUAGUUUUAAUCGGUUAAUGAAAUCAUCUAAAAGUGGAAGUAAAAUGGUUAUUCGGUAGUAUUUUUUUGGAUCUUUUUCAACUAUGUUUGCGCGGUUUUGCUGUCGCCCAGUUAUUCGAGGCAACGCUAUUGUUUCACCCAGAAACUCAAGCAAGUUCUCAGCAUCUUUAAAAAUAUCUACGAACUCUGUUUCUGAGUUUGUACGCAUAUUUUUAAAAUUGUUUAUAAUGAGAUCGACGUGCUGUACAGCAGCCGCUAGGUCGCAUGAAGUUGUUUGAAGAGUUUUGCAUAAUGGUAAGGUAUAUGCAAAUAUACAAUUUAGGCAGCACAAGCUUAUCACGAACUCGCUAGUUGAUAUUGAUCUUAUAAAAGAAAAUGCUUUUGAUGAAGUAUCGCAAUCGCUAUUACCACUUAAUUCUUCUAAUGCACCAACAAUCGCUUUAAAAAUCUCUUUAAACCUCAGCAGCCCAUCAUGGUUUUCAACCCAUCGGGUCUCGCACAUUGCAGUUAAUGUUCUCCAUUUUGUUUCUGGCAUAUUUUGUUUAAUAACGGGUGAUUUUUUUGAGGUUAGGAUUUUCAUGCAUUAGUAUUUGACAGAUCACGUGGGAUUUCAGACAUGGUGUCAAAGAGAAAGAUGCUCAGUAUGCUUUGACAUUUCAUCAUGAAUAGACUUACUAACGAGCAACGCUUGCAAAUCAUUGAAUUUUAUUACCAAAAUCAGUGUUCGGUUCGAAAUGUGUUUCGCGCGCGUGUUUUGUUCAGCGAUGAGGCUCAUUUCUGGUUGAAUGGCUACGUAAAUAAGCAAAAUUGCCGCAUUUGGGGUGAAGAGCAACCAGAAGCCGUUCAAGAACUGCCCAUGCAUCCCGAAAAAUGCACUGUUUGGUGUGGUUUGUACGCUGGUGGAAUCAUUGGACCGUAUUUUUUCAAAGAUGCUGUUGGACGCAACGUUACGGUGAAUGGCGAUCGCUAUCGUUCGAUGCUAACAAACUUUUUGUUGCCAAAAAUGGAAGAACUGAACUUGGUUGACAUGUGGUUUCAACAAGAUGGCGCUACAUGCCACACAGCUCGCGAUUCUAUGGCCAUUUUGAGGGAAAACUUCGGACAACAAUUCAUCUCAAGAAAUGGACCCGUAAGUUGGCCACCAAGAUCAUGCGAUUUAACGCCUUUAGACUAUUUUUUGUGGGGCUACGUCAAGUCUAAAGUCUACAGAAAUAAGCCAGCAACUAUUCCAGCUUUGGAAGACAACAUUUCCGAAGAAAUUCGGGCUAUUCCGGCCGAAAUGCUCGAAAAAGUUGCCCAAAAUUGGACUUUCCGAAUGGACCACCUAAGACGCAGCCGCGGUCAACAUUUAAAUGAAAUUAUCUUCAAAAAGUAAAUGUCAUGAACCAAUCUAACGUUUCAAAUAAAGAACCGAUGAGAUUUUGCAAAUUUUAUGCGUUUUUUUUUAAAAAAAAGUUAUCAAGCUCUUAAAAAAUCACCCUUUAUAUUCUGUUAAACAAUUUGUUCGUUUGGCGGAGGAUUUGAAAAAGAGCCCUAUUGAUUUUAUAAUGCCAAUUGCAUUUCUGAUGGGUUGAAUUUGGCAUGAGUGACACAAAGCUAAAUUUAGCGAAUGAGAGCUGCAGUGCACAUAGAGAGCUUCAGGAUAUUUUUCUCGGAUUAUUGCCUGUACACCAUUCACAUUGCCUUUCAUGCUUGCAGCACCAUCGUAGCCUUGUCCAACUAAAUAAUUGCAGUCAAUUUGCAUAUUGUGUAAACUUUCCAGAAUUGUUUGAGCUAAAGAAGCUCCUGUUGUGCUUUCAACAGUAACAAAUGUAAGAAAAUCUUCUCGUACGAUAUAAACAUUGUUGUGGAGCUCGGUGUAUCUUACACAGAUGGACAUUUGUUCCUGUCGUGACAUAUCCGUUGUUUCAUCAGCCAGCAAGGAAAAACUCUUAGCAUUAUUAAUAGCCGUCACCAGUUGUUUUUGAAUUAUUUCACCACAAACAGAAAUCAAUUCAUUUUGUAUAGUUGGACUAUAAUAUGUAGCAUUUAACUGCAAAGUUUCAUCAUGUUGCUUCAAAUCUAUAUCGCCACAUUUAUGACGCAUACGUAAUAUAGCUCGAAAAUUACCAUCAUUAAUAUCUGGUUCAGACUCAUUGAAUUUGAUACAUCCGAAAUCGCAAGUUCCUCUUAAUGAUAAUUCUUGUCGUCCACACAGCUUAAUGGUUUCAACAAUGGGAACCAGUUUUUUCCUAUUUUUGGCAAUCAUAGCGGAUCGCGCGAUGUCUAGUUGACUCCUUAUGUCUAUUUGUUUUUUUUCAUAUACGCUUAUAAAAUUAUCAGCAAAUAAUGUGCAGUCUUGAUGAUACUUGCUUUGCUCAUGCCGCUUAAAAUCCGCGAUCGCGUCUUUCCACUUGUUUAAUGGCUUCACAACCAAUAAGCUCAGUUUUUGGUGUGCACCCUUCCCAGCACAUUCAGCUGCAAAUAAAACGCAAAUCUUGCACAAAGCACCUUCAGGCUUUUUUAAGGUAUAGACCAGCCAGGAGAAUUGAUCGAACCAUUUGUGCUGAAAUUUCAAAUGUCUUUUGUCGUCUGUGAUUGGGAAUUUGUAAGAUUUCUCUGGUACCCAGGAUUUUUUCAUCAUCAAUUUUUUGUUUUGAAUUAGCAUAAGAUCCUAAAUCCAAUUUGUCAAGCGGGUUAAACGUAGUUUCGUCUCCAGAAGAACUGGUAGUGGCGGCGACAUGAAUAAUAGGAGUUGAGCUAUCAGUAGACACUGAUGAACACUGAUCUGGUUCUGGUUCCUUAGCACUAUCAUCAUUUUUUUGUUUUUUUUCCAAGUAUUUGAAAAGUGUGUUGUUGCUUGAACGCUUCGACAUCACAAAACUAUUUAAAAAAAUUUAGUAUACCUACGAAUACAACACAACUUCUUUCUAACAACAUAACAUUGCACUUUACUUACCUAAUCAAUAAAAUAAACUUAAACUUUUUAUUUAUUCAAGCAAACUUAACAAUAUUAUUAACCAAAUUAACUAUAACGAACUUGCCACUGUUAAACGCACUUCAAAAGUGACAAAAUUGAUUAAAUAUGUGAUCAUAUGCGCGAAAUAAGAACCGUUAUUAAAAUUUACAAAGAAGGAAAUGGCAAAACAAACUUGCAUGCAACUUUUGUUGCGGCAAUUCGUACUUUGUGGGAGAGAGAGCGACGAGGAAAGGGGAAGGGCACCGAGUUGCUCGUGCUCGGGCAAUUCGCUUUGUGUUCUCAUAUGCUGUUUACAAUGCUUACGACACGACACGACAGAACGACAGUGAACUGAAAAUGGCGUUGUGCAUCUUACUACAUGAACAUUCGUAAGAAUGCAGCAACAUAACAAUGGCCGGCAUGUAGACAAGACAACGCAGUUGUCCAUUUUGCAUGUACACAAUUUCGUUGUGGCCAUACUAAUACCUUGCACUUCAAUGAAAUUUUAAUAUUUUGUUCAAAGUGAAAUUGUUUAUGCAAAAAAUAAGUAAAUAGGUAAACUAAUUUGUUUUAAAUUAUCAAUUGUUAUUACAAAUGGUAAAAUAGAGCUAUAAUAGAGCUAUUUUAUGCUUUUAUUUGUAAAAUAACGUCAAGUUUGUUAGAGCUGUGAAUAAUUUUACAUUUUACAUAUUAGUGGCAUCCACUCUUUCUCAUCUCUCUAUCUUCCAUUCUACUGUCGUCCUACUGUCGUUGGCAAAUAUAGGAGAAUAUUGAAGUUAGCGAGAACGACAACUGUCGUUGUAGUCGUGGCGUCGUCAAAAUAACAGUGUCCAUAGGAACGUGUGUAUUUUAAUAUUUGACAGAUGUCGUUUGUCGUCUAUCGUCGUAUUGUGUUCAGCACUUCAUUCUUCUUAGUACUUUAGUACUCUUGCUUCACAGCCUACAAAAACAAAUACAUGGGAUGGAGUUGCUGUGUGUGAACGCGAUGGGCAAUUCCAAAAGAGGAAUUGCCGAAAAUGAGCAACAAAGUUGCCGUGUCUGAACUACGGCUUACCAAAGUUGCAAGCGAAAAUGAAACAAAACAAAAUAUGCGUCCCCAUUAGAGCGUUCAAUUUGUCUAGUACAGCGUUGUCCACAAGCAAAAAAAGUACCGUACAUUAAAAUUUCAUAAAAAUAAAAACGAUAAAGCAAGCGUGCCACAAAAUAUAUGCGUACCUAUCUAUAAAGAUUGUCGUUAGUUCAGUAGUAAAGCAUAUACAUACAUAGUAGAUACAAAUAAUAAUUGAGACUAACUUUUUACAUGAUUUCUAUGCUUCUAAAAAAUACAAUUAAGCAUAGGUGGGUUGCUCCGCUUUAUAUUUUUCGUCUUUUUAGUUGGAGGAUAAAGAUUUCAUUGGCGUUUCCUCAGAGAGUUUGACACCUCUAAUUGUAUUGCUGGCAUCUUCGCAUUUUUUUGUUGAUCCCGCAACGGUGGAUAUCUCACUUUUUCCAUUAGUAGAAAAAAUAGUUGGGACCUCCUAACGAUAAGUAUGUUCAGUCACUGUCCCUAAAACCUUGUUUAUAUUUUCGGUAGUUGUCAAUGCCAACACCAAAGGGAAUACGUAAAGGAUAAACAAAAGGAGAGCAGCUGUGUAAUCAAAACAAAACGGCAAUGCAAAAAUUAAGAACGCGCUUUGUUUGAAUUGCAGCUACAGGGGAAAAAAUAAUGUAUAUUCAAUAAAAAGCCAAAGAAUAAAUGGGUAGAUUAGAUUAUAUUAAGAAAUGAGGAAUACACCGCGACCUUAGAUCUCUUAUGCCCUCUUCUAAAUCACAAGGACUCACAUAGCCCCAACAAAUUGAUAUUCGGAAAGUUAGAUCCAAGGACCUACAGACUGCAGAACCGGCAGUUUACGCAAGAAGAUAGUAAAUGCUUAUUCAGGUUACAGUGGCCGGUGUAAAAUGCGACCAGUAGCCUGUGAGGUAAACUGCAAAUUUAAACCUACUGAGAUUGUACCCCCAUUAGCCACCUAGCUUGUCGCAUGGCAUGUAGUUGUUGCCAAUGCAUUUCUUUACAUACUUCUUCCUUGCGUAGCAACUCUUUAUGGUAUGGGGACCCACUCCAGUGAAGAGUUCGAGUCCUACCAUGUUAGUGGAAGCGGCGGAGCGGGCCAGCUCGUCAGUCAGUUCGUUACCAGCUAUACCUCUAUGACCGGGCACCCAGAUGAAGUGCACCUGGUUAUGUUCCGCUAGGCUGUUCAAUCGUUCUCUGCACUCUUGCACCAGUAGCGAUUUGAUCUCGUAGGAGAAGAUUGCUCUCAUUGCCGCUUGACUUCCGCUAAGUAUGGUCAUACGCUCAUUGCGAUAGUUGCGUUGGAGGUUUAUCUCUAUGCACCGACUUAUGGCAAAGACUUCUGCCUGAGAAAGAGAGCUUAGUCCGUGGACUUACGAUCCCUGCACCAAUUCUCUUCGACGUUUUCGAGCCGUCAAUGUACCACUUGAUCGUACUAUUCCUCAGCAGCAGCUCAAGAGUGGAAUCGUUCCACUCAACCUUGCUGCCAAGGAUAACCUUGGUCUUCUUCGUGAUGUUAACCUUUUUGGUAAUGCUGUCUCUCGGGCUAAUGGUAUAGUGCCACUUAUCUUACCUUACCUUUGCCACACCCCUCUGCCGUUAUUUGUAGAAGUGUGUGCUUGGCUACUUGUUCGAUCACUAAAUGAAGCGGUGUGAGUUCAAGCAUGACUUCAAGUGCUGCUGUCGGACAAGUACGCAUUGCAUCCGACAUGCAGACACAAGUUUGUCGUUUUAGCUUCGAUAAUUGCACCCCUACCGAAGUCUGCGAAGCUUUUGGAGCCCAGACCACCGCCCCAUGCGUCGGGUUGCACAAUAAUGGUGUACAACCACCUAACAAUCCUUGGUUUACAGCCGCAGAAUUUUCCUGCCAGCCGAUUGCACACUAGGGUGGGUCGAUUCCGGACUUUUUUCGAUUCGGUAUUUCUAAUAGUGCGGAAAAGUUGCCUUAGUACUUCCUGAUUCCAAUGCAACUUUUUGUUUUGAGAUCGGAUUGCAUCUUCAACCCGAACCCGUAUAAAGCAAAAGUUAUUUGUCACGUCAUUUGCUACCGAAAUGGUAUAUGUGAUCAUGGCCGUAGGACGAACCGUUCCCGAGAUACGAGCGAAAAUCGGCUUGCGGCCACACUUCUUGACGUUGAUUUCGCCGAGUGCUAUCACUCACAUUCAUUCACCUACGCCAAAGGACACGUUCGGAUAGGUCUCCACACAAAUAUUUUUUCAUCGAGUUCCUUCACUCUUGUCGGUGAUUUCGUCGAGUUCUAUCACUUACAUUCAUUUCCCUGCGCCAUACGACACGUUCGGACUGGUCUCCACAUAAAUAUUUUUUCAUCGAGUUCCUUCACUCUUGUCGUUGAUUUCGCCAGGUGCUAUCACUUAUAUUCUCUCAACAAAACACAGAACUCAAAAUGUCUGUAUCUAAAUUUAAAUUUAGACAGAAAUGUCCUGUGUUUGGCAUAUAUCCGUACAAUCUCUCUGAGUCCCAGUUACCUACUUACCAGGAUGUUCUUUUGUGUUAUAAGUUUGAAAGAUUUGGUAUAGGGCGACUCCGAGGCGACAACUAUGAACCUAGGAGUAAAGAGGUUACAGAAAUAGUUGCAAAAAAGGUUGAAAAUACUUUCAAAAAGUCAUCUAUUCCGAUAGUUUCACACACCAGAGUUGUACAAAUGCUCACCACAUACCAUAAGAAAUUUCUGACUCUUAAAAAAAUGUUUUUAAGGAACCCAAUAGGUUUGAGCUCUAAAAGAGACGACUUUGUCUCUUCUGUCGGAAAAUUAUUUGACAUCGCUGCUUGUAAAUGCAUUUAUUUUUCUUCUUGCACUUGUCCAAAGGAAAGAAAAGUUCCUAUCAAUGAACAACCAUUUCUCUUGGACCAGAGAACCACAAGAAUUGGUCGCAUUGGAAGUGUUGAUCUACCUGAAACAAAAAAGAUUACAAAGAAAAAUGAACGUAAAGAAAAGCUUUCAAAACGUCAUUCAACAUCAACACUUACCAGAAAAGUAUCAGCUAGAACACGUGACCAUUCAGAUCAGCCAGACUCUCAUACAGACGACAACAAUGUAGGCGCGUCGCACAUUGAUUCUUCGAAAAACGAUGGUGAUGAUGAAUUUUCUCUUCCAUCCUCUAAAACCAAACAAAACACACUAGUAUUACAACACACUGCUUUAGCUGCCCAAAGAUAUGGAGUAAGUGAUAAAGCAGCGGCCUUGAUUGUUUCAUCGGCUUUUCUGGAUGUCAAAAAAGCAGGUUUGAUAACAGAGGAUCAGGCUAGCUUUGUCACUGACAAAUGCAAGAUUAGUCGGGCAAAAAAAAGUGUUGGUGUUAAGCUCCAGAACACCGAAAGUAUUGACUCCGUAUAUGGGCUGUAUUUUGACGGCCGCAAAGACAAUACACUUACACAAGUCAGCGAAGGUGAAAAGUACUACCGCGACACUGUCAAAGAGAAACAUAUUUCUCUUAUAGCGGAACCUGGUUGUCAUUACUUUGGCCACGUCACUUCUCCUUCCGGGUCAGCUGAGGAUGAGGCGCAAGCUAUAUAGCAACAUUUACAAGACAAUUCAGUUGAUGUGGAACAUCUAGAAGUUGUCGGUGCUGAUGGCACCAACACGAACACAGGUUGGAAAGGUGGAAUCAUUCGGAAACUAGAAGAAAGAAUAGGUAGGCCAUUACAGUGGGUUGUUUGUCUUCUACAUUUCAACGAACUUCCAUUUCGUGCUCUUUCGAACACAUAGAUGGUGUCUCAAAGAGUCCAAAUACAUUCUCUGGCGACAUAGGUAAACUGCUCCCUUAUUGUGAGAAGUUGCCUGUUGUCAAAUUUGAAAGUUUUCCAUCCUGCCAAUUACCUUCUGAGGUUAUUAAUCCGACCCAACUUAGCACAGACCAAGCUUAUCUCUAUAAAAUAUCAGAAGCUGUUAUUUCCGGUCAAUGUUCCUCAGAUUUAGCGUCGAUGCAUCCAGGUAACUUGUGCAAAUCUCGCUGGCUCACCUGUGCAAAUAGAAUUCUGAGAUUAUACACUUCUAUUGACAAACCAACAAAGGAAAUAAAGAUUUUGGUCAAGUACAUACUUACAGUUUACUCACCUUUGUGGUUCUCAAUAAGAUUCAACAGUUCAAUCAAAGAUGGCUCGCGCCAUCUCUAUGCUGCAAUUCAAAGGUCGAGAUACUUACCCGCUAAACUGGGCAAGGUUGUCGAUUCAUCCAUUCAACAGAAUGCUUUCUUUGCUCUUCCAGAAAACAUUCUCCUUAGUAUGAUGACUGACGAACGGAUAGAAGUCAGAAAGUUGGCCCUUGACCGUCUUCUGGCAGCCAGAGAAGCAGAGUCUGACACCAUAAAUGGAAGAGUUAGAUGUAAUAAAGUGCCAAAGCUGAAUUUCAAAGCUAAUACUUAUUACGAUAUGAUUAACUGGAAGACUAUUACCUUGACUGUUCCACCAGUUCUUUGUUCAGUUUCUAAGGAAGAACUCAUAAAAGGGCUGUCGGGAGACACUGCAGAGGUAUGGAAAUUUAGUGAAUUCCCCUCUCACACCGUGGCAGACGAGAGAAUCGUCAAACUGGUGACAGAGGCAUCUUCUAAAGUUAUUGGCCCCCAAUCUCGUGAUCUUUUUAUACGCUCUACACUGAAAUCUAGGCAACAAGUGCCAAAGUUUAGUACAAAAUCUGAUUUUAUCAAUAAAUUUGACACAGAUUCAGACUAAAACAAGCUUGACAUAUGGUUGGUUGGUUGGGUUGGGCUUGGGAGGAACCCGAAGAGCAGCUACCUCCACACGGUGGGUUCUGGGUGACCAAUACAGGUUAGCUGAGAGCUGCAACAAUUUUGACCUUGCGCUGUGGCGCGCCGCCUUUUCGCUCGUAUCUCGGGAACGGUUCGUCCUACGGCCAUGAUCACAUAUACAAUUUCGGUAGCAAAUGACGUGACAAAUAACUUUUGUUUUAUACAUUUUGCCAUGAGAUGCGUAUUUCAGGUGCUAGGUAGACAAUUUCACGAUUUUAGGCGAAUUUCCGAAAUUUCAAGGCCGAGGUUCGGGUUGAAGAUACAAUCCGAUCUCAAAACAAAAAGUUGCAUUGGAAUCAGGAAGUACUAAGGCAACUUUUCCGCACUAUUAGAAAUACCGAAUCGAAAAAAUUCCGGAAUCGACCCACCCUAUUGCACACCAUUAGUGUUGUUGUCGCCCUGACCAAGGUCAGGUCAACAUGCUGCUUCCACCGCAAAGUAGAAUCCAUCGUGAGGCCAAGAUAUUUGACCACGUUAGUCAUCUCUAUCUCUCUGCCCCCAUGUGUAAGGUUUCUGAGACCGGGUAGGCCCCUACGUCUCGUGAACGGGACGAUGGUCAUCUUAGAGGGGUUGAUGUUCAACUCAACCCUACUACGCCACUUUGUAGUAGGUCGCAGAGAGUGCCCAUGACUUUUUGUCUUUGGAAAUAAUAACAAUGUCCCCCUGUGGGCAGCCAAGACGAAUCCUUGUAUCUCCUAUUGUAGUUUCAGCAAUUCUGGUGCGCAGUACGGUCUCUAUACAUCUGCGCGCCGGUGCUGUCACAUUCCUUUUCUCCAGUGCCCUGGCUACACUCCUGUGAGACGUGUCGUCAAAGGCAACUUCGAUGUCUAGGAAGGUGCAAAGCAUUACUUUCUCUCUCUCCAGCGAACUCUCUAUAUCCGUGGUUAACUGAUACAGAGCAGUAUUGGUCUAUCUGCCUGCUCUGUAUGCAUGACCUGAAGGAUUUAGCUAAUAGUUCUUACUUUCUACAUUGGGUAUGAAGAUCACCUCCGUGGUCCUCCAUAAUUCAGGGAUGUACGCCAUUGCUAGACUUUCCCUCAUCAGCCGAACAGGGUAUGUCAGCAGAUCCUGCUUUCCCUGUUGUAAAUGCGCUGGAGAGAUACCAUCCACUUCCGGAGACUUAACUUUCUCGAAUGAAGCCAUUGCCCACUUGAUCGAAUCCGCAGUACAUAAUUGCCUUGCGAUUAUCCAAUCCGAGCGAGAUGGCUUGUAUUCGGCUACGGGUAGUCACAGGUCUUCCCGAAUUGUUUCCGGGAAAUACGCCCGCAGAAGCGCCGUAGCUCUAUCUUUUGCGCUGGUCGUAAAUGUCUUGUCGCUUCUCAGUAAUGCUGAAUUUGACGCAAUAGCUACAAACAUCAAGGUAAAUCUUUUGGAGGUGUCUGAAAUGCAAUGAUUUGGAGGAUGAAAGUGAGAAUGACAACGUUGAUAGACUUGAAAAAGUCCUAAAACAACAAUUUGAAGAAUUUUCCAAAAAAUUUUAUGACAAUCUUGAAAACUUUAAAUCAUCUAUUAGUGAAAGUAUCACCGGGUUAAAAAAAAAAUUAAAGCGCUCACCAAGCAACAUGCCAUCACCGAUAAAAAAUGCACGAGUCUGAGUGACCGUAUUACAACUAUUGAAAAGAAUUUAUGCUCCUACCCAAUCUCAUCAUCAUCACCAUCUUCUCCUGAGGACAUCAUAAAAGAAAUUAAUGAUCGUAAGAAGCGUGAGUCAAACGUCAUCGCUCUUGGAAUUUCAGAGUCAACCAAAGCUACUGGCAUCGACCAACUGGAAGAUGAUAAAGUAUCACUCUCAGCUGUAUUAUCGGGUGAAUUAUCUGCUAAGUUAACUGGAUUCAAAAUCCGAAGACUCGGACGUCAGACACCUAACCGUACACGUCCUCUAUAGAGACCCAGUCAGUUGCUGAUGGCAGAGAAAUCUUUAAACUAAACCAGAGUGAGAGCUCUCAGGUAAGAUUAAAACCAGACCUAACCCCUGCACAACAGACCCACCUUAAUGAUUUACGCUCUGAACUACAAACUCUCAACACGAAUGCUGAAACAAGUAAAACCAUCAAGUAUAUCCAUGGCAUAUCGCAGAUAGUUAACAAAAAUUUUCGCCCGCUCAGUGAAAAGGAAGAAACCCGAAGCUCUUCAAGUGUACUAUCAAAACACGCGGGGGCUCCGAACAAAACUAAAUAAAUUUUUCACAGCGUCUGCCGUCAGUAAUAUCGACCUCAUUUGUAUUACUGAAUCAUGGUUACACCCAUCGAUUCACGAUGGCGAACUAAUCGACAGCACUUACAGAAUUUUUAGGCACGACAGGGAUCCAGUUCUGUCCGGUAUGGAACGAGGAGGUGGAGUAUACAUAGCAGUCAAACGCCACUUUCUAGCUGAAUUAAUACAAAUUGAUCAACAUAACCUUGAGCUCGUCUUCGUCAACGUAAAAGGUGCUUCCCAUGAUAUCAUUGUUGGCUGUGUCUACAUGCCACCUCUCUCAAACUUUGAUUCCUAUACUAAUCUACUCACUCUGCUCACUCUUUUAUAAACGAUUAAUUUAAAAAUGCUAAACUAUUACUUGUAGGCGACUUCAAUUUGCCUAGUAGUGUCACCCGGGCGGACUGUAAAAGGAUUCUCCAAGAUGGUUUAGCUUUCCUUGAUUGCACUCAAGAAAACAACACAAGCAACUGUGAUAACAUUUUUCUGGACCUCUGUUACAGUAAUAUAGAAAUGAGUGUUGAUAAAACCCUACCAUUUGUUGAAGAGGACAAAUAUCAUCCGGCCUCUCUAUCAGUCUUAACUUUCGACCUAAUCUUACAUCACCGAGUUCACCUACAUACUCCUUCAAGAAAGCCGAUUAUCAUAAUCUCAACGUUUUUUAUCACCAGGUUAACUGGGUAGGAAUGUAUGAAACAGACACUAUCGACAAUGAAAUUGCUUGGUUUUAUAACAACCUAGAGGAAGGCAUUACCCUAUAUGUGCCUGUACAUAAGAAUUAUGUCAGUAAUUACCCUAAUUGGUACUCUAUUGAGCUUAUCAACAGAAUUAAGCUCAAAAAUGCGGCCCACUCACAAUACAAAAACUCUAAUAACCAACGAGAUUAUACUCGCUUCAGCAUGUUAAGGCGUGAUUGCAACACUUUAAGUAUUGAAUGCUACAGAAAAUAUCUUGACAAAAUAGAGAAUAUGGUUCAGUCUGACACAAGUGCGUUCUGGAAGUUCAUCCAGGAUAAGAAGUACAAUAGUGUGAACAUUCCAUCCGAAAUGUCAUGGCUCGAUCAAUAUGUUACCACUGGUGAAUCAAUCAGUAACCUGUUUGCCUCAUACUUCAAUUUAACAUACACCGAUGAUAACAAUAAUGAUCGAAUUAACAAAAAUACAGUGAUCAAUGACCCAAAAACCAACCUCGAUAAUCUGGAAAUCAAAUGUGAAGAUGUUCUCAAACAAUUACUCAAGCUGAACCCUAACAAAGGUGCUGAACCUGACGGUAUACCAUGCUUUCCAUAGAAACUGCGCUACUGUGCUCUAUGAGCCUAUCACUCACAUAUUCAAUAGAUCUUUGCAGCUUGGCACCUUCCCUAGCGCAUGGAAGCUGUCGUAUGUCAGAUCAAUCUUCAAAAGUGGCCAGAGAGCUGAUGUUUCCAACUACAGACCUAAAUGCAUUCAAUCAGCGUUGGAAAAACUAUUUAAAAGCUGGUCCUCACUCAACUUACUGCUGCCUUUAAAGACAUCAUCACGACAAGACAGCACGGAUUUACGGGUGGCAGAUCAACCACGUCCAAUCUUUUCUCUUACACUAAUUUCCUACUCAACACAUUGAAUGAUGGUCUCAAGGUUCACUCCAUAUAUACUGACUUUAGCAAAGCCUUUGAUCGUGUAAAUCACAGAAUUCUUGUUUCUAAGCUUCAAGCCUACGGAGUCGACGGCAAUGCCUUGGAUUGGUUAUAUUCCUACCUGGUAAACAGAUCUCUGCAAGUUAGAGUUGACGGAUAUUUGUCUGAGGAAUAUAAGGUUACAUCUGGAGUGCCACAGGGAUUCCACUUAGGACCUCUGCUUUUCAACAUCUUUGUCAAUGAUAUUGGCAAAAAUCUCCAGUCAGAAUACCUGCUAUACGCAGAUGACCUCAAGAUCUACAGAACCAUCAAAAAUGAGCUAGAUGUCCAGCUGCUUCAAGAUGUCAUUGACAAACUCUCGGCCUGGUGUACUAAUAACAAACUUGAUCUUAACGCAAAUAAAUGCGCGGUAGUGUCGUACUCGCUCUCUCACAGCAAUAUUGCCACCAGUUAUAAACUAAAAGGUCACAACCUACAAGAAAUUCCCGACAUCAAGGACCUGGGCAUCAUCAUAGACAACAGACUCACUUACUCGAAGCAUAUAGACAAGAUCACACUCCAAGCCUUUCAAGGUGCUUGGAUUAAUCACGAGAACAGGCAAAGAGUUUCGCAAUACCUACACAUUGAUACGUCUAUAUACUGUAGUCUGGUCUCCUCACACUGAUGUCUCAAUCAACAGAUUGGAGAAGGUCCAAAAUAAAUUCUGUAAGUCUCUAUCCUUUCAUACAACCUUGGGGUCGCAGGUACUCACCACUGAUGAUAUUCGUUCACGCUAUAAAAUCAACAGCCUAGCUACACGUCGUCAAGUCGCUGACCUAGUCUUUUACUUUAAGGUUGUUAACAACCUAAUUGAUGCCCCAGAGAUUCUUGGUAGUUUUGAGUUUGCUCCUACGGCAUUCUCGCUGAGACAAUUACGGAAACUUAAAACAACAAAGACACAGAAAAACUACGUUUUCCAUGGACCUCACAACAGGAUUGCUAACCAUGUAAAUUCACUUCACCAGAACAUCGAUUUCUAUGGAGGCUCCCUCAGUUCAUUCAUCAAUAAUAUAAAGGACAAACUUCUUCCAUACCAUUAAUUUGAUCACUGUGAUACAAUUGCCCUUAUUAUUAUAUUUUUUUUUCUUUUUGUUUUCUUUUACCUAUGAAAGUAACUGUUGUAUAUUGCCGAUUGGUGUUAAUUUGUUAAAUAAAUAAAUAUAUGAGGUUAGGCUGCCCUUAUAUUCUUCCCAAACCCCGUACGUUUCGAUUUGUUAAACAGCCCCCGUACCUUUUUCCUGAGAGUUUUCUUGACCACCACCUGUCUUUGAUGGACUCGUUUAACGCAGACAACCUGCUCUCCAGUCCUGGACCCGUAACACUAUUAUCAGUCUGCCCCUCCGUGCUCAACUUCUUACUUAGUAUAUCCCGGAAUGUAUUCUAGUUUGGCUUCCGAGGGUUACGUCUGGGGGAGAGUUGCUUCACCUCUAUCUUUAGCGCGAACCUUAUGAUUCUGUGGUCUAACAAGGAGAGACCAAUCCGUUCACAGGCUCGUUGCUCUCCUGCUUAUUGUAAUGAAGGUGGGUUCACACCCCACAUUUUCUAUAGCUAAGUUGCUACUUUUUUUUUUUUUUUUUUAUUUUAUUAAAGCUAACAUAACAAACAAAUUAUUAUAUUAACUAUUGUACGCAGCACUAGCAUCAUAGGCUUUCGGCUGACUGGUGGGAUAAUAGUUGGGUUCAUUAAAAGUUGAGCAGGAUCAUCAUUGUUGAUAGAGAUUAUAUAAGCUGUCUUCCAUAUUGUCUUUUUUUAAAAAGGCUGUCCAGAUUAAGGCAAUAUGUUUUUAUCGGAGAUGUUGGUAACAAAUAUUCUUUUUCUUACAUAUUGACAAUGUUGCUUAAAUGAAUACUUAGAGUCUAAUUUUAAGCCUAGGAACUUAAAACUAUCUGUACAGAUUAAAUUUAUAUUAUUAACGGUAAGUGUGGGUGUAUUACAUUGAUGUUUCUUACAAAUAUGUAAUAACUUAGAUUUAGAGGAAGAAAUUGACGUGCCCGAAGAACCGAACCAAAGGAAUAAGAGGGAAAAGAUUUUAGAAAAGGAAGACGUAACAACGGACAAAUCGGAGGAAUUAGAAAAUAAUACUAAAUCAUCAGCAUAGUUUUGGUGACUGAUAUUAGGGAUAAAAUUGAUGGAGGGUAUAGAAGAGGGGAGUUCUUUGAGGUUUCUGAAAGUUCUAUAUGAUGCAAUGGAUUGUUGGUGGAGGAUGAAUCGUUGUUAGUUUUUGUUGUUGUUGCGUUAUUAUUGAGGUUAGAGUUUUUUGAUAUUGAAGUAUUAUCUUUGUUAUUAGGAUUUUUUGAAUUUGUAUUUAUAUCAUUGUUAGUUUGCAUUUUAGCCACGUUGGCGAAGGAGGAGGGGGAUGGGGUGGAAGGAAAUUGAUUUUUAUACUUGGUAAUGGCGUCACGCAUGGUGCAUUUGUGUAUAGUUUUAAUUUUUAAUAUUUCUUUCGAUUGAAUAAAUUUAGGGCAAGCAUUUGAGGACGAGGGGUGUUCACCUGCGCAGUUAGCGCAGUAAACUCUGGUGCAAUCAGAAGGAGGAGAGUGGUUAGGAGGAAGGUUGCAAAUGACACAGGAAGGAGUUUUUACGCAGUGUUUAGCGGUUUGUCCUAAUAGCUGACAAGUUUUGCAGCGCAUAGGAUUAGGGUAAUACGGACGGACAUCAAGGGUUCUCCAGGCUACAUCAAUUCUGUUAGGAAGUGUAUAUUUAUUGAAUGUUAAUAAUACGGCACCAGUAGGUACACGAACGCCUUUAACUAUUUUGUUAAACUUGUGGACUGCAGAGACACCUUGUUCCUUGAGACCUUCAAUUAUUUCAUCGUCGCUAAGUUGGCAAAUAAAUGGGGCAUAAAUUGUGCCCUUGACUGAGUUAAGGGUGCUGUGAAGAGCAACUUCAACUUCGGGUAGAUUUUUAGUAGAAAGGAAUUUAUCGGCAAUUUUUUGAUUUUUUACAAGGAGGAGUAGGCUGCCAUCGCGAAGUGACGAGACGUUGUUAAUAUCUUUACUGAUAGAUUGAAUACCUUUAUACGUCGCGAAGCAGGAGAUGGAAGUGAUGGGUUUACUGGCAUCCCGCGACUUAAUGACGAGGUAUUUGGGGUCAUCCUUCUUUGUAAUGGGGAGUUUCGGAAAUAGUUCCAACGUUGUUUGCUCAGGCUUUUUUCUUUUAGUCUUCUGGGCUGAGGAUAAUAGGGCAAACCUAUUAUCACCCAGAUUAUUGGCCCCAGGGGGCAUUGUGAAAAUAUUACUUUUUAUGUAUGCAAAAAUUUAUAAAUGUAGCACCAGUUAACAAUAAGAAAUAAAUACAGCGAGAAAUUAACAGUAAAAAAGUUAUUUGUGCAAAACUGUAAAGUAGCGUUAUAACACAGACACCACUAGAAUGACCGCGAGAGAAAAAGAAAAAUGCGACCGUACGGUUUGACAACUCGGUUGCGACUGAAGUUGCUACUUAUUAUAUAUUAUAAAAGAGAUUCAUCUCGUGUGUUGCAGUCCGUACUGCGCCAUUCCGUGUGAUGGGCGUUCGCAUCACGUCCUAUGGUUAGGGGCAGCGUGUGUCUCCUGCAAUACCUUACCAGUCUAUUCGCAGCCUCUGAGUGUGCUGAGGAUGCCUAUCCUGGGAAAUAUGCUGAUGCCAAGACGAAGUCUGUGCACUGCAGCUCUUGUCUUUUACGAGAUAAAAAUUCGAUUUUCGUGGAAAAAUUAGGUUUAGAGCCCCGUAUUAUAUCCCCGGUAUGAGUUUAGAUUUUGUCGCAAUGGGCACUUUAGUAGAGUGUACAAUUCUGAAGAAUAUGUGUCUAAAGUCCAAGCGAUGCCAUAAAAUGCCUCUGAACUAUAGAAAUUUAAAGAUAAAAAAUCAUGAUUUUCGUGUGCUUUCAAUGGAAAAUUUUUACAUACCUUGGUCCAGUCCUUAAUGUUAAUAUUAGAGGCUCAAAUUUCCAGGGAAUUUUUUUUAUGGCAUUUCCGAGGAAAUUUCAUGAGGGGAUUGAAAAAAAUUAAUAGUUAAAAAAAACACCCUAAUGUAUAUUUGUAAAUGUACAGAUUUGAAAAUGGUGUUAGACAUUCAUAUGUAAUGGGUUAAUGCUCUUUUAUGUUAUAUAAAUAUACAUACUUAUGUGACAUAUAUGUAUGCCUGUGUGUAUAUACAAGAUUUUAUUUGCACAUAUGUACAUAUGGCUUUUGUUUUUUUUUGCUUACGAUUGCCUUAGCUUAUUCUAAACAAUCCUGCUUAUACUUAAAAAUAUAAGGAGUAUUGCUGGAAAAUUCUGCACCCACCUAAAUACUUGAAUUUUUUUUAUUGUUUUUGGGAUAAUUUUUGUGUUAUAACGCAACGGCAUUUACCGGCAGUCAAUAAUUCGCUAUACACAGUACCAAACUGCUUUCUCUUUUAGCGGUUUUUCGUUUUUUACCGGAAAAUAAAUCGAAUACCGAAAAAGUUUGGUAACGGCUUUCUAUUUUUUUCGACCGGAAUUGGUCACCGCAAAUUUAAUUUUGAUGUUUUAAACUGUUUAAAUGUGUUAAGCAUCCACCCCCUCUACCCGGUAAAACUCGCGCAUCCUAAUGUUCUUUUUAAUUAAAUUAAAUUGUAUUGCAAAAUAUGAGAGUGUUUUUCUUACCUUCGUUUAAUCAUGGUCCUUCGAGCCUCACAGAGAGUCAGUAUUGGAAAAACAAAAAUCAUUAUGAAUAUAAAAAUAUACAUUUAUUAGUGUGGUAACAAAAUAAACAAAAAAAAAACAAAAAAAUAAAAAAAUAAAAAAUACUCAUACAUGUACAUAUAUUCGUACAAAUGUAAAUAACAAAAACAAAAAGAUUGUGCGAGAAUUUAGAGCAAAACAUAAUAAACAAUUUCAACAAACAGAAAACAAUAAAAACUACACACGGACAAUCGGGCGCGAAAACUUAUAACAAAACAUAAAUAAAAACAAAGUUAAACAAAGAAGCGGGCGCGAAAAACUAAAGGACUAAAACAAAAACAAAUAUUCGGGCGCGAACAAAAAAUAUCCACUAACUAUAAAACAACAAAAACAAUAAGCCGUUCUCGUUUCCAGCAGACUUCAGGAGUGGAAAAGGAAUUGGAACAAAACGCCUAGGCUUGUAAACACCUACAGCGCAUAAAACGCCCCCUUGAGGAAAAACGAAGUGAGCGUAUUUAUUUCAUUUCAUUAAUGCCGGUAUUCUGCGUGAAACGAUUGUCUCAUGUCUCUAAUAGUGACUAUAGUAAUUUAGUGAUUCUGUUAGUCAGGAGUCUCAUUUUGGUAUUCUGGCAGUUACAGUAUAGUAGUAUACUGUAAAGUAGUAUACUCUAUUAAAGUUAUUCUAUUAAAUCUAUUUUAAAGCACAUAUAUAUGGAUGUGAAAAAUACGGUUUAUAUGCUAUUAUAAAAUCAAGCAUUUACUUUCGAAAUUUUCCCUCAAACUCCUUCUGCUUAAAGCUUAGUAUACAGCUGUCAAGAAAUGUAAAAACUGCAUAUAAAAAAACGCUUAAGAAACGGUCAAGAAACUUUCCUGCGAUAAAUUUAUUUGUGCUAGUAUGCAGCUCUAAAGUAAUCUAGUACUAAUUUGUAAUACUUUUUUCAAUAAAAAGCGAAUAUUUCAAACCUGGUUUUGCCAAUAAACAUCAAAUCAACAAUUGUUUCUUGAAGGAAUUUCAAAGUAAUCGUUAAAUUCGUCCUAAAUUAGUUAAAAUCAUCAUUAUGAAGUAUACGAGGGCUGCUAUAUAUAUUUCUGGCCUAAUAAUGAAAAUAGGCAUAUUUAUCAACGAAAAAUUUUUUUUUUUUUUUUCGUUGGAUUUGGCUCGUCUUGGAACUCACACGGUCGACCACGGUCAUGCAAUAUCGAAUGUAUGCUGGUGGGAGAAAUGCAUAGGCAUGCCUCUAUCUGAAGGUAUGUUACAUGACGGUCUGGCAUUAUCAGUUCACGUACGGCAUCGAUGUUUUCUGGCACAACGGCUGUUUUUGGACGACCUUCACGGAAUUCGUCUUUGAGCGAGCGUCGGCCACGAUUGAAUUCGUUGUAACAGUUUUUCACAGUGCUAUAGGAUGAUGCUUCAUAGCCAUACAAAGAUUUUAGUUCAUCAAUGCACCCUUGUCGUGAUAAUCCACGUCGAAAGUUGUGAAAAAUGAUCGCACGAACUCGAUCACGAGUUACUUCCAUUUUUUAGCCGAGAUGAAUUUUUUAAUUCCCUGUAAAUAAAACAAUUCACGAUUAAAUGACAAAACGUUCUGAGUGAUGUUAUGCUAAAAAAUGUCAAACUUUCCAAUGGAAAUGUCAGAUUGCACCUGGCAACACUUAGUGUUGCUUAAUCCAGCAAUAUAUAUAGCAGCCUACGUAUUUCAUUUUGAAAUGUUGUCUAAAACUUACCAAUCAUCAACAAUAUUCCUUAAAUCGCAAUUAAAAUAUUUAUGUUACUACACACAUACUUACAUACAUAUUACGCACAAUGUUUAUUUUGUGUGUUUAUUCUCUCUUGCUUUUCUAAUGUGGAUCACGCACAAUGCGUAACCAGCUGUCAAAAUUACUUGAAGAAAUAAUGUAUUUUUUCGUCGCAUCGGGUCAUGCUAUACCUUUUUGGAAAGCUCAUUUCACGCGCUAACACGUGUUUGAUUGAUUGUCGUUUGUUUUAAGUCGUUCGUGAGUUAUAGCGUCGCAGACAUGGAGCAAAUAAAGAGAAAAUACGGCAUAUUUUACAGAACUACUACGAUAAAGGCAAAAAUGCAUCUCAAGCCGCCAAUAAAAUUUGUGCAGUUUAUGGACCCGAUACAGUUUCCAUUUCCACCACACAACGAUGGUUUCAACGUUUUCGUUCUGGUGUAGAAGUGGUCGAAGAUGCGCCACGCUCCGGAAGGCCUGUCGUCAAAAAUUGCGAUAAAAUCGCUGAAUUGGUCGAAAGAGACCGGCAUAGUAGCAGCCGUAGCAUCAUUUCAAUUUUAAUAAAAAAAAAAUCAAUAAAAAUACCGCAAGACUUUUUUGACACCCCAAUAUACAUAUCGUCACCUGAAAUGCAAAAUAACGUAACAUCACUUUUCGUAGGUUUACAGGAGAAGCAAAAAACCAUGUAAAAAGAAAACCACUUGAGAUAUUGAAACAAAAUUUUCAAAUCUGAAUUAACAUGAAACUAUAAGUAUAUUUUAGAAAAAAUAUAAAAAAAAAAUUAAGCAAAUUUUAUAGUAGGUGUCUUACGUUAUUUUGAAUUUUCAUUUCUGAAACAAAAUAACGUAUGAUCAAUCUAAAUUCGUAUUAAAAUUAAAAAUUUGAAUAUUAAUGCUUUUUUUUAAAUUUUAAAUAAAAACAGUUGCAAGUUUUUCAUAUUUCAUGUUAUUUUGAUUAUUAACAUGUACAUAAGUACUAGAAAAAAUGUAAAUAUUUCAAGCCAAAAAAUGAGGAUAAUGUUUAAUUAUUAUUUAUUUAAUAACUAAUUAUUCAAAAGGUAUAUUAUCAUAAAAGUAAUAACAGUCUGCUUGAAUUAAAGCUUUUAGGUCCUGCAGAUGUUGCCAUUUCUUCUUAGUUAUUGUUAAACUUUGUAAAAGCAUAGACUGCUGAAUUCCUCAAAAAGCACGGGUCUGAUCACUUAGAUCAUGGAGUCGCUAAGCCGAACUCUGGCGGGUCCGUCUCUACCGUCUCUACAUAUACCGAGGGAGUUGUGGAUGGGAAGAAGCGGUUGGAGAAAAGGGCAGUGAGCUUCUUUACGGAUGGGUCAAAGGUGGAGGGGUCUGCUGUCAGGAGCUCUCUGUCAACUCCAGUAGAUUUACUACUCCGGAGUGCAGAGAAGUGACCAUCGACUCAGAUAGUAGAGCGGCGAUUCCAGCCUUGAACUCAUUAAUAAUGAGAGAAUUCAGAGCUGAUCAAAGACCUAACCUCGCUAUCAAUAGCAUCGAGUGUCUUUGUGAUAAGAAUGAUAUGAGCGCCAGACCACAGCGGAAUCGCAGGAAACAGGAGCGGAUCUGUGCUCCCGUAUCUUAUACUAUUACUGAAUAGCUGGGCGUCGCGAAAGCUUGGCCAGCGCUGGGCCACAAUUUUUACACACGCUGUCGUCAUUGCCCUAUUGGAUUCUACGCAGUAAGGCUGGGAAUCCUACCAGACGCCAUCUGCAGAAGCUGUAUGGAAGAAGAUUAGGUGGAAACAACUCAACACUUCCUUCUUGGCUGUCUUGCGUGAAGGAGGUCAAGACUUAAUCACUUGGGGGCGCAUACCUUCAAAUAUCCCACCGAACUGGCGGGAAGCGUUUUGUUAAUUUAUAAGUUCUUCUUUUCUAUGGCCUCACAACGGGCUACAUAUAUUUUUAUAGUAGUCCACGUCCGAUCAACCAUGUAGCCCAAACUAACCAAAGAACACUGAACUUAAUCACUAAAAAUAAAAAAAAAAAAAUCAUAAACAAUAAAUGAAGGCUAACUUCGAUAUAAAAAAACAAACACUCUGUUAUAUUUACAUACAUGAGUGAUGAUACGUUAUUUUGUUUAACGAAAUCAAGCACUUGAUGAUACUUUUUUUUUUUGAAUUUUUAGUAUAGUUAGGGUAUUUUUGAUCCCAGAAGCUUAAACUUUGAGACACAUAUGUAAUAUGAUGUGGAGAUUCGUAAUCAGUAAAAAACUCAAUUUUGAAUUUUUUGAUGAUACGUUAUUUUGCAUUUCAGGUGACGAUAUAUCACUACAUAUUAUAAAACAAAGUCACUUUUUCUGUCCUUCUGUCCCUUAAAUGUUUAAAUCUUGAAAACUAAGCAACUGAUUUUGAUGCGGUUUUUUUUAAUAGAUAGAUUGUCUGAAGAGGAAGGUUUAUGUCAUUAUAAUGUGAAGAAAUAUAUAAAGUGGGCGUGGCACUCGGACAAAAUGUGGUAAAAAACCAUACAUUUUUUGUUUACACAGCCAUACAUCAUAAACGAAUCCGCCGAUUAAAAUGAAACUUACUUGAAGUUAAACUUUGAAAUAUUUACUUUCGUUCUACAUCAAAAAAAAAAUAGUUGAUUCAUUUCUUAUUUAAACAAAAUUGUUUAAACAAGAGCAGCACUUUUUCCAAAAAAGCUGUUUGUGUGUUUGUUCGCUGUCAACCGAAUGAAACAUUAGAAGUUAUGUGGGAAGCUCACCCCACCUCAUUCGUGUUGAAUUAGAUCGUAUGGUGAAAGAACUCGGUACGUACACAUGUAUGUAGUAAGUACAUAUGUAUGUACGAAUCUCUCGCAUCAUUAAACUUCGGACGUACGUAUGUAUGUAUUUUCAAUUCAUGUCGUUAUUACCGUACUGAAUUCCAUGCAAUUCGGGGGUGUUGUGUUUGAACUCAUUUCAAAUUUUAUUCAAAUUGCAAUCACAAUAUUUGUCACAUUGGUAAACAGCUGAUUCGAAUAUUGGUUUUGUGUAUGUUCGAAAAGACGAAAAUCCAAUCAGAUUCUGUGACACCAUUUAAAAUCAGAAUUGGUUUUCAAUUCUGACAGCUAGGCAAUUCUGUCUUGGAUUUCACAACACCCCUGAUUAUAUGUACAUUAAAUUUUUUCAGCGAAAUAAACCGCUCUGUUCACGUUCAAUAAUUAAAAUACAGUUUUUGAAUAGUUUUAUUGAUUCGGAGCGCGUUAAAUUUGCUAUCAAUUCCAACGACUACACCCACAAUAACAUUUUUUGUCAUUUACUUUUUACGACAACUAAUAGCUUAUUUUCGAAGCGAUUUUAAUCAAUACAGCGUUUAUCCUUAUCCAAUUAAAUACCUUAAAUACAUUGUUGAUUUAAUAUGAAUAUUUUUGAAGAUAUUACAUCAGUAAUUUUCUUAUGUUUCUAAAUGGUAAGUAUUUACAUAUUUUUUAGUGCGGCACAUAAUAAUGUGGCAAUUUGUGCAUAGUUAAUUAUACAUACAUAUAGAACUGAGUAAAUUUUGUACUGAAAAUAUAAAGUCAUGUCUGGAAGACGUAGUCGUCGACAUAGGUCGAAGUACAGUGAACGCCAGAAGACUACGUUCAGCAAGAGAUGAAGAAUCGUCAACGGAACGUGAGGCUCGCCUUAGUCAGGCUCGGGAUAGAUAUAGAGCUGAGAGAGAGAGAGAAUCUUCAGUAGAGCGUGAGGCUCGCCGCACCCGAGAUAGGGAUAGACAUCGAAUACAGAGAGCCAGAGAAUUAUCAGCACGAGUUACGAAUCAUCACAAAAUGGUGUUGAAAAUAGGUUGUCCUGUUAUUUUAUUAAGAAACCUGAAUCCACCUAAACUUUGCAAUGGCACGCGUUUGCUGGUAAAAUCACUGAAAACUUUCAUAAUAGAGUGCACAAUACUCACAGGAUGUGGUACCGGAGAAGAUGUAUUGAUUCCCCGAAUCCCUAUGAUACCAUCGGAUUCACCAUUCCAAUUUAAACGUUUACAAUUUCCGGUAAAGACAUCUUUUGUAAUGACCAUUAAUAAAUCGCAGCGUCAAAUCUUCAACGUUGCAGGCUUAGAUUUGAGCGUUGACUGUUUUUCACAUGGCCAACUGUAUGUCGCUCUUUCAAGAGUUAUCUCAAGAGUAAACAUGUUUGUAUUGUCUAAUGACAAGAAAGCUGUGAACGUUGUAUAUACAGACAUUCUGUAAUAUAUUAAUUGUUGUUGUAAAAAUAAAAUAAAUAUGUAAAAGUGCAAAAAAAUGUAGGGUAUGAAUUUAGAUAUUCCAAAGAUAGCAAGGAAAUCUUCAUGGUAUAAAGAAAGGGGAAUUGUUUUACUCCAAAUUAACGCGUGUGGGCCACGGGCAGUAAUAAAUAAAUCAAAACUAUGGGAUCGAUUUUAAUCAUUUUUUCAAUGAGUGACAUAGGCCUUAUAUUUUAUUUCCGUGCGAAGCCGGGGCGGGUUGCUAGUAUGCUAUAUAUAAUAUAAAUUUAAUAUCCGAUGCGCCUAUAAACAUAUGUGUAACAAAUAUAAAUUACAAAAAGCACAAAUAUUGAUUUAUUAUCAACAAAAACAUAAUACAUAUAUUCUUAUAUAUUCUUAUAUAUAAAUAUAAUAACUUAUAUAAGUUAAAGAUGACCUAGUCGUUGUAAUGCAGAUUUUAUUCAAAACUUUAAUAAAUUACUUUGUCGCAUCGCGUCUUGAGCGUAAUUAGUAGAGUUUGGUAAUAAUUAUUCCUCUUCUUCCUAAGUGCCGCAUUUCGGUUUAAGCUCUUAAUCCAUUAUCCGCUAAUGGAGCGCAAUGUAUUGGUACUUCAUUGGAGCACGACAUCGUUGUUGCUAUGCACGAGUAUGAAAUGGAGCAGCGCACACCUGAGAAGCUGUGCUUGUUGUUGUGAUAACGCAUGCGCUAAGUGAUAAUGAUGCUCAUUAUUGAUUAAAAGAUCAAGCCGCUCACUGCAGCCAAAGAAAUUGUAGAUGUAGCUACACUUGCUAUCUUAACUACCCAAAAAACUCAAAAUUGAUAUGUGUUGAUUGUAUUUAUUAUUUAUUUGUAAGGAUUUUUGAGUGUGAAUGUGUGAGUUAAUGGAAAGUAUCAUCUGAGAUUACUUUUAUGGAUUUUUUUUCCAUCUAUUAGUACCGUGGUCCUAAAUCUCUUUCCACUACCUUUUCGACAUAAAUUCUAUCAAAUUUAUUUCCAAGCCGUUUAUUUCUUUUCAAGAAUACCUUCUCUCCCGAUUCAUAUGUUUUCAUCGUUUUAUUUUCGUUUCGUUUGUUUAAGGUUUUCUCUUGUACUUUAAACAAUCUUUCGCGUAUUAAUUUCAAUUCUUCAUUUGAACAAUUUUGAAAAACAUCAAUUGGCUUGGCAUUGGUUGAGGAGUGAAUGCUGUUGUUAUAUUUAUAUGUUGCUGAUAGUAUUAGAUCUGUAGUCUCGCACAACCGUUGUUGCUGUUUGAUGCAGCGGGCUAUUUCCAUUAAAGUUGAAUGGAAUUUUUUUUCUUUUUUGUGUUUUUAAAUAUCAAUAAUAUUUCGAACAGUGCUUCUUUAAAAUCUACCAUGGAUCAUGAAGAAAUAGGUUUAACAACCGCGUAUUUGGAAAAUUUGUCGAUACAUGUUAGGAAGUGUUGCUUAUCAGUAAAAAAAAUGUCGACGUGUAAGAUCUCGCCUGGCAUCCCUCCGAUAGGAGUUUAGGAGUUUUUUUUCGAAAUUAUGGAUUUCAACAUUUUUAUCAUAUCCGGGAGCUACCUUAUCCUCCUUCCCUGGUUUAUAAUGAAAUGUGGGCGCAAAUUCCUCGAUGAAAGCACUCCAUCUCUUCAUUUUUGCAUAGGAAUUUUUUCUGAAAUGGAGAAUAUAAGGGGCUGGUGAUCUGUAAAAAUUUGAAUAUUUUUAACACCAUAAAGGUAAUGCCGAAGAGUCCUAAGCGCCCAUACUAUGGCAAGCAAUUCGCGCUCAUUUAUUGCGUAAUUUCGCUCAGUUUUAGAGAGCGUGCGUGAAAUCAUCGUGAUAGGCCUUUUAUUUUGAGAUAAUACAGCUCCUAACGCAUUUGAUGAAGCAUCAGUUGUUAACUCAAAGGGUCUAUUAAAAUCUGGGUACAGUAAAAGAACGUCUUCGGAUGCCAGUAUAGUUUUAAUUUUUUUGAAAGCAUGCUUUGCAUCCGAAUCAAGUAUUAUCUGAACGUGUUUUGAUUUACUAGUUGCGACGUGCCCAUUUUCACCUUACAAAUACUUAGUUAGUGGCUUAACUAUAGAAGCGUAGUCCCUAACAAAUCUACGAUAAUACCCUACAAGCCCUAGAAAAGGCCGUAAAGAGCGUAAGGUUUCUGUAAUAUUAUAGUUAAGGAUAUCCUGAAUUUUGUUAGGGCAUGUUUUAAUACCAUUUUGCGAAACUGAAAAUCCCCAAAACUCCACCUCUGUCUGAAAGAAUUUGGAUUUUUCUGGUGAAACUCGCAUACCUGCUGCCUCUAAUUUCAUUAAAAUCUGAUUUAUAUGAUUCAAAUGCGAUUCUUCAUCGCGCGAAAAGACGAUGAUAUCAUCAAUGUAAACGUGGCAAGUUUUACCUAUCUCAUCGCGAAGAAUAUCAUCGAUAGCGCGUUGAAAAAUGCUUGGCGCAUUUUUUAAGCCAAACGGCAAGCGACAAAACUCAUAUUUACCGUUGUUGAUAUUAAAUGCUAUUUUUGGUCUAUCUUCAUCUCGUAAAUUAAUUUGGUGAAACCCAGAUUUUAGAUCUAGAGUGGUAAAAUAUAAUAACUUGCCUAGAUUUGCCAGAAUGACAGAUAUAUCAGGAAUGGAGUACCGAUCGGCGAUAGUUUCUUUGUUAAUUUUUCUAAAAUCUAUGACCAUGCGUAUGCGUUUUGCUCUCCGUUUUCGUCCAGACCCUUUUUAGUCACCACAUGCACCGGUGAGUUAUAAGGAGAACACUACUGACGAAUUAUGCCAUCCUUCAGAAGGGAUUCGAUUUCUGCGUUGACAAACUUCGCUGCUGAAAUUGGAUAAGGGUAACUUUUUGAAAAUAUUCGGUCAUCGGUGAUGGUGCGAAUUGUUGCCUCUACGUUCGUAUUAUAUGGUAGGGCUCUACCUGGGUGUGCAAAUGCACUUGAAUUUUUAUCAAUCAUAUCACGAAACUUCGCUUUAAUCGUGGAUGGGACAGUGCCCGCUUCUAUUGUGAUAGAAUUGAUUUAAUUACAACGGAGAUGUUGAAGUUCGGUUAAACCACUAUGAUGACGUAAAUACCCUGCUUCGAUAUCAAUUUUAGCAUUAAUCUCUUUAAGGAAAUCAUAGCCGAUUAUACCGUCGAACGUGGUUAUAUUUGUAAGCAAAUAAAACGUCGACGUAUGAUUAAAGACAUUGAUCAAACACUUUUUAUUUAUAAGAUUGACCCCAUUUAUCGAUUUUAAUGUAAAUGGGUUUUCCAUUAUCUUAAUUCCCUUAAGGAAUGGAAGAUUUUUGAUAAAAUUUUUCGAAGCUCCUGUAUCGAUUAGCAAUUUCAGCUCCUGGCCACUCGUUAUUUUAGUUAUGACGAAUGGUAGGAGCGAUUCUAGUUUAAAUGAUUAAUUUCGGUUUCUAAAUGAUCAAUAGAAGCGCGUGUUGUACUUGAAUAGUCGUGAUGGCACAUAUCAACAUGCGAAUAAGGACUAUAAUGGUCCUCACAGGUAUCAGAUCCGUCAAAAUCGGAACUUGCUUCGGGUAUAUAAUUUACCUUCUGAGCCUUUGAAUACGGUGUUUGGAAAGAACCAGACUGAUCUCGAGAGCGUUUAAAUACUUGGUGAGGUUGUGUGUUGUUGCUGUGGCAACAUAACGUUAGGUUGAGAUUGGUCGUUGUUUGGUUUAUGAAAUGAAACAUUAUUUUCAUGCGCUGUGCGAUUUCGAUAAACGGAAGAACCGGGAUCGACUUCCAUUGCAGUGGUCUAUUAUUCAUAUUUGGUGGGAGGUUCUUCCGAUAGGGCUGAGAAAAUGUGUACCGAGGUACUGCUGGCUUGGACAUAUUUGGUCUUACUAAAUUACCCAUAGCAAAUGUUGGCGCAAAAUCGUAUUGCUUAUGAUUAGUCUCAAGCUCCUGGCCAGCAGCUAAAGCAGAAGGUAAGUCCUUUGGACCAGAGGUAAACAAAAUAUCGCAAAGAGGGCGACGAAGACCCGAAAUAAAAAUGCGCAAUGCAUUCUCCCUUGCUCGGUUGUUAAGAGCCAUAAUGACCUCGGCGUUCCCGCUGCGUGUCAUUAUUUGCUUAUUUAUGAUAAGUGUUAAAUACCUAUCUACCGUAUCGUAGUAUUCUGAAAUAGAUAAACUCCCUUGCCUUAAAAUACUCAAUUCAUUUUACAAGGCAUGAAUUGGCCUUUUAUCUGCGUAAGUUUGAUCAAGCCUAGCAAUUAUUGCCUUGAAAUUUAAAACAGUGUUAAAGGACGAUAAAGUCGUGUUAGCUGACCCAGUAAUUUUAUUUCUAAAAAUACCCAUUGCCACUUAGUACUGUUCCGAACCUUCGGGGUAAUAAUUAAUUGCAAAAUUUGCCGCGGAGCGCCAAGCUGGGUAGGAGGAAUUUUCCCCGUUAAAUUCAGGCAAGGAUUUUAUUAAAUCAAGACUGAAAUGUCCCGAGUCUAUUGUUGGAUUAAUCGAAACUGGUAAGUAAGCCUCGACAAGCGGUGGCUCAAGCCGCCUCAGAGCUGAAGUAAGGUUAUUAAUUUGUGUCGUUAGUUCCAAUCUAGUUUCUUGAUUAGCUGAUCUUAUUGCCUGUAGCGCUUGAUCCAUAGUAACCUCCAUUUUGUAUUUUAUGUAAACCUUUUAAUUGCACGUUUUUUAACUAGGUUAACUUUCACCCUCACUGCCAAUGCCGUUUACACGGAAAUUCUUAAAAUACUGUAUUUCUAGGAAAAGCCAAACUUACACCCUCACUAAUUUUUAUGAUAAAUUUUUUUAAUUGUAUGUGAGUUUAAGAAACAAUUUUAUUUAAACCUUUCACCAUGACAAAUACAAUAUAGUAUAUAUAUUCAAUUAGUAUAUCUAAUUUCGCUAUGAAAAGGGUAUUUUCGGGUUCACAAUUUGGGAAUGAUUUUAAAUAAUAAAAUCUGAUCAUCAAUAUUUUAAUUUUUUAAUUUAUUUAUAUUCCUUUUAAAAUUGUUUACUUUAAUUUUUUUAUUUUUAUUUCAUUUAGUAAAAUUUCACUAAUUUUAACUCAUAAAAUGAAGUCAAAAACCUAAGUUCACACAGUUCAAUAUAAACUUUUAAUAUUCAACACUUUAUCACUUUUGAUUUUUUACUCACAAAUUUGCUGUAAAUUAAAUUUUCCUCGAUGUCACGGGUGUUAAUAUCUUAGGAUAUAAAUAUAUGGAGGAUAUUCCAUCGAUGUCACGGAUUUUUUUGAAGUCCUGUCCACUUGCGCCUUUAUAUGGCAGUUCUGCUUGCAGAGUUCUUCUGAUUGAAAUUAAAGUUGAUUGCUAAGUGACAGGCCCCACGUUGGGCGCCAGUUAAGGAUGACCUAGUCGUUUUAAUGCAGAUUUUAUUCUGAGCUUUAAUAAAUUACUCCACGAUCAACCAACCCUAUAUUUUACCAGACUCACCGAUCGCCGCAUUGCGGCUUGAGUGUUAUUCGCAAGGCUAUGUAACAACUAUUUCCCACUUCCCUUAGUGCUGUAUUACGGUUUGAGUCUUUACCGAUUGUCGCAUUGCGUCUUGAGCGUAAUUAGUAGAGUUUGGCAAUAAUUAUUCCCCGUUUUCCUAAGUGCCGCAUUUCGGUUUGAGCUCUUAAUCCAUUAUCCGCUAAUGGAGCGCAAUGUAUUGGUACUUCAUUGGAGCACGACAUCGUUGUUGCUAUGCUCGAGUAUGAAAUGGAGCAGCGCACACCCGAGAAGCUGUGCUUGUUGUGAUAAUGCAUGCGCUGAGUGAUAAUGAUGCUCAUUAUUGAGUAAAAGAUCAAACCGCUCACUGCAGCCAAAGAAAUUGUAGAUGUAGCUACACUUGCUAUCUUAACUUAUACAAACAUACAGCAAAGAAUCUGCAUGUGACACAUAUUAGUACAAACACAUAUUCAAAGUCCAUAUUGGCAGCUAUUCCGCAAUACCCCUUGUUCUUUGGCAAACAAAAGCAAGCAGGACUGCAUACAAAAGCGAAUUGAUCUCUCUAACGAGCUCUCAAUUGCUUAAGAAUAAUCAUAAACACACAAACAAUUCGUGCCUACUUAGGUAAAUAGCGCAUUGAUCUCUUCAACGAGCUCUCAAUCGCUCAAAACACAAGUACCUAUAAGAUCACGUUUACAAGUCCACGUGUUAGGGUGUAUCUAAUUACACAACAUUCGGACAUAAGAAAUAUAAAGUAAAUAACAAAGCGGUUUUAAAUAAUUACAUUAAGAACUUACUAAUUACAAUCGGAAUAAAUAAAUAAAAAAUAUUUUGAUAAUAAAAUAUAUGUAAAUAAAAUAUUUUAACUGUAAGAAAUGGUAAUAAUAAAAAAUCAGUUUUACAUGAAAUAAACUCUUAUUUAUUUAUUAUAUUAGUAUUCGGCUUACACUGAGCAAAAUUUGAUUCAUAUAGACAGAUUUUUUACCCUACAGUACAAAUAAUGAACAAUAACAAAAAUCAAAAUACACCUGGAGCUACACGCUCAAAACAGAUUGUUAAAUUUAUUUCAGAAAUUGACAGUUUAACAAGAUACUGCACUAGAUUUGCUUCUUCACCGAUUCACGAAAACUCGAAAUCGUUAUUAGAAAUAAAAAGCCAAAAUCUUAACAAUUUUUGGACUCGUCUCCAAGUGGCUCAUGACGCCAUAGUAGAUUCUGACGAUACAGAUCUACCACACAAUUUUAAAUUAUCGGCUUACACAAUAUAUGAAAACUGCUUACAUCAGUACGAAGAAACAAAAGCGAUUGUACGAUCAAUUAAAGCUAAUAAAAGCAAUUGCACCUACUCCACAUCCGAGAGUAGAGCUGUGCCACAAAUGCAUAUCAAGAGGCAAGUUCAGGCAUCCACCUCGAGGUGCCCGCAUGUGACACAGAAAGAUUCUAUGGAGGUUAUGAAGAAUGGCCGUCCUUCCGUUUACAUCAACCAUCCACAACUAUCAAAAGCACAGCCGUUCCCGCGACAGUCGGGUCUACGUAACCGGAACGGACCCGGCAGAAUUCUGCCGCUACAACAACAACAUCAAAAGCACAAAAAUUGUAUCACCUCCGAUACAAGACAAAAGGUCAAGCAGGCGUCAUAGUAAAACAGUUCGCUCUUAAUGACGAUAAUUUCAAUAUGGCUUGGGAAGCUCUAAAAGCGAGAUAUGAAAACGAAAGAAUACUGGUCGAUAAACAAAUAACGACACUAAUGAACUUGCCAAAAAUUAAGAAAGAAACAAGUGUAGAAUUCAUCAAACUAGAAUCUACUGUUUCAAAUUGCUUGUCAAUUCUAUCGACACUAAAUAUUCCGUAAGACAUCUGGGACCCAAUUCUGGUAAACAUUUGCACCGCCGCAUUACCAGAAAAGUCGUUACUUCUAUGGGAGCAAUCGCUCCCAUAACGAAAAAAGUGCCCAACGUGGCAACUAAUGAACGAUUUUCUCACCACCCAAUAUGAAAUUGCGGAAAGGUUAGAAGAGAAAAUAAUCAAAACUAACAUUAAAUACGACCAAAAAGGAAGCUGAAAUAGAUCCCAGCUAGAAGCAACAAAAAUUUAAACAAAAACUUUUAGAAAAUACAAAAGUUCACCUCAGAACAAAGAAAACAAAGCCAGAGGGCAUAAACUUAUAUCUUGCAAAAACUUAAAAGUUAACGAACAAAAUAAUUUUGUCAGGUCAAAAAGACCUUGCAAAAAUUGUCUGUCACAUGCGCAUACAUAUACAAAUUGCAAAAGCAUAUUUAAUUGCUUACAUUGUCACAAAAGAUAUCAUACAAUGCUUCAUUAUAACACAUAUUCCCUCUCACACCAAAAAAGCGCUCAUACAAAAACAAAAAACGGAGACCACGGGUUUAAUUGUAAAAGCAAAACCCGAAAUUCAAAAUUAUAAAAAUUGCUUAUCAUGUUGCUCAAAAGCACAAAAAGCUCAAACCCUGCACAUCGAAUUACAAAGUGGACCAGUUACAGAAUUAGUUACCACUAUACAAACUGAAGGUGAGUAUAAUACAAACAAAUACCUUAAUACACAAUUAAGGAAAUUUCAAAUGUUAAGGAAACUUCCCCCUAUAACAAACAAAACUCUAAAAGAUCAGUAUUGUGAAGACUUCUCUAGAGCCACAACUACUCGAUCAAAUAAUGGUCGGUACGUCGUACGACAACCAAUAGACCCACAAUUUUCUAAUACUCCACAAUUUGGUAUAAAAAACAAAGUCAGAGUGACCUCUGACAAGCCAAAUUAAUAAAAGCACAUACAACUUUUCGGCCCCACAGGAUGGCCUUCGCCAAUAAUGAAAAAACAAUUCUGAACAAAUCCUAGAGCGGUGGCGGGCAACUAAACGCCAAAUUAGUGCAUACGUACUAAAACACAAAAUAUAACACAGUUGUAUCAAAAAGUCGAAAAACCGACAUUUUCAAUAAUUUUCAAAAAUAAAUAAAAUCUCAAAAGGAAGUUAAGGGAUCACCAAUGCGAUAAAGUGACGCACCUACAUUUACAAAAAGCAAGGGUCGCUCUUAUCGCAUCUAUCCAAGCGCUCCUCAUUUGGGUGAGUUAGGGAAAUCAGCUCUACAAAGCAUCAACUUAAUUAUGAAGAAUUUUCUACUCUAUGAAUCGGAGCCGUUCUCCAUUCACGGCCAUUCUCUCGCAAGAUCCCUCUAAUUUCAUAGUCCUAAAUCUAGGGCUAAGGAGUACCCAUUCUGGCCACAUCUGAGCCAGGCGCCUAUAAGCCGAUAACAUAGAAAAGGCAAAUAAUAAACAACCGGUAUGCCAUACCGAUGAAAUAAGAAAUUUAAGUAACCGCUAACAAAUUAUUACAUGCAAACAACUUGUUUGCUAUAAUAAUACAAUAAGUCGUCAAAACACGCAAACGCAAUUACUACCUCAAGCACCAAUACUUCCACAAAAUACAAUUUUCUAUCAAAACCAUUACAUAUUACAUGUCUCAGAUUAUAUAUAUAAAACUAGGCAAAAUAUUCGCCUACGGAGGCCAGGAUGUUUAAAUGAGUUAAGCAUCCACCUCCUCUAUCCGGUAAAACUGGCGCAUCCUAAUGCUACAGCGCAACUCAACACAUCUGUACGCCAACCCACUCAACAAAAAGCAAGGGCAGCGGGAAAGCAGACUCACUUCGUCACAUGCAGUUCGCACAUCAACGUACGUUUUUUCGUGACCGAUCUCGCGCUGCAAUAAAACUCUCGCUUAUACCCAUUAAACCAUACAUUUUUAUUGUUAAAUACGAAUUGUCAAAACUAAUCUUUUUAAUUAAAUUAAAUUGUAUUGAAAAAUAUAAGAGUGUUUUUCUUACCCUCGUUUAAUCAUAAACCACAUACAUAUGUAUAUAACAUAUUGAAAGGAAACGAUAUAACUCACUCUGAUUUCCGGCAGGGGCUUUUGGGGAUAAUAUGAGUGUAUGUGGUGAUCUUUUUUUGUGUUUUUAGUAUUAUCUAACUUACUUUACUGGACUUGCGUAGCAGUACGCCUAGGUACCAGACCCUUAACUCCGGCUGCGUUAGCUUGUAUUUGGCCCUGCGGGACCGCCGUUAGGUAUAACUUCGCAGGACCGUUCUCUUAUCCGGAGUUUGUGGGACCGCUGUUGCGGCCCACUCUUUCAUUUUCACCCAUACCAGCUUUGAUUGCAGCUUGUGGUUUUCGUAUCUCGAGCAGAAGAAAAAUAUAUGCUCGGCGUUUUCAUCGGCACUGUUGCAGAAUGAAAAUUUUGUGUCAUCGUCGGGAUCAAAUCUCUAAAGGUAUUCCCUGAAACAGCCAGGCAACAAUCCAGGCUGAAAAGUUUUUAAUGAGCUUGUGCGUACAUCUUCCUUUUUCUGCCGCGUCCCAUUGUCUUUGCCACUCUUCGAGUCUCACCUGUCUCUCCUUUUUUCGCUCGUCAGCCGUAAGACUCCUAUUCAUAUCUUUAUAUUUUAGGUAGACUUUACCUAACUCUGAGGCCAUUAAAUCCGGAGUCAUAAGAUCGGAUAUGAUACUGGCCGCUUCAUGUGAGACCGUUCUGAAUGCACAGGCCACUCUAAUGGCGCAUAGCCUGGCCACUGCCUUUGCCUUAUUGGCAUUUGUUUGCCUUUUGCCAUUACUAUUUUAUAGACAUCACGCCACGAAUUUUCAUCUCCCUUCUCGCAUAGUUCUUUGAAGCUUAAGGUCUUACUUUUUUAAAAGUUUUUUGAACUCAUUUCGCUUUCUUUUAAAGUAUUCUCGCAGUUUCGUGUAUUCUGGCGUACCUAAUCUUCUUUAGGAGAGGCGUCUCGCUUUAUGACACUCGCUUCUUAGUGUGAUAAUCUCUUCGUUCCGUUUUGUCUUUUUCCACACAUGGCUGCGUCGCAAGUUUUACUUACGUGACUCACCAGCAUUUUAGCUUGUCGGUCAAAGUCGGUCUAGCUACUCAAUCUUUCAUCCAGCAUGAAGUCCAAGAUUUCUCAUCUAGCAUUUCCACCUUUCAUCACUUUCCGUUUUUUUUAGACUGCCUUGGUUUCGCGGCUGCUUGCGUAUAGUACGAUUUCCCCAAGAGCGGCUUGUCUUGGAAGGCGUUUUCACCACAGCCCCAUUUGGCUGCUUUGCUUUCUUUGUCGGGAAUUAAGGUACUCGUAGAUUGUCUGUUUCAGUAAAUCUUGGGCCGUUUCGCAUAGAUUUAUUUUAAUUCGUACAACUUUCAUUUCGCCUUUUUACAUGCCGCUUAGUAGAGGGGACAUUUCCAACUUCUCAUUGGGUGUAUCCGUAUCCUUUUUUCCGUUAGCUUUGCAUGACACACACGAUGGUUUUUUGUCGCAUUCUUUUGCGAAGUGCCCCUUUUCACCACAUUUUGCACAACAUUUGCUUCUGUCAUCCUCGCUGGUACACGCCCCCGCCAGAUGCCCAAAUUCCAGGCAUCUGAAACGCUUCCUAAGGUUCGGCUUCUAUCCUAAUCUUGAUUUUGCGUACGUCAAUCAGUGUUCUUGCGCCCGAUGCCGGAAUGAUGAUCACCGCCGUCUGCGUACACGCGUAUGCCUGCCUCAUGCUUUUAAUUGAGCUUUCCCUGAGGGAGCUUAGCUCAUUAAUUUGCGAUUGAAUUGCAUGUACGAUGUAUUUUUUUGUUGUUACUCAUCUAGGUCGCGGAUCUCUGUUGAUCUUAUCUGUGCCUGGUCACCUAAUACUUUACAUAUCUCCUUUUCAUAUGUACGCGUGUUUGUCGUUUGAGCCUUUUUCAUUUCCAGGAGUUUCUCGCCUUUUGCCGUCUUUCUGAUUCUCGACACGUCCUCUCCAAGCUCAUUUUCUUUUUCCUCCUCCUUUUAUAGGAAUGACGCCUUUCUUCCUCUUGCUAGCUAUAGGCUUCUUUUGCAUUUCCUCUUGAAAUGCUUUUUUCUCUGGCGGGGGCGCGUCAGUUGCUCAUCCUCGCGAGGCUUUGAUUGCCGUUGCUCGUCUUGCAGUCUUGUACACUGCUGGUAUUGUUUUUGGUAUCUUUUUUCGAAUAAUUCUCCAUUUGUUUGUUUCUUCCCGCGUAUCGUCUCCUGCCGCUCAUCGUCGUGAAUUGCUUAUUCGUUUUAACUUAUUUCGCAACUAACCUGUUGCUAUAGGCCGUUCGGCUAUCCGCGACCUGCCAACCCCCCGGUAGCUUAGAGCCUAGCUCUAGAAUGCUUCUUAAGUGCCGACCGGAUCAGUAGUACCGACCACCCAAGCGGUCGAUUAAGGGGCUAUACCGAUGUGCCCCUACACCGAAACAAUCCGUGGGCUUAAAGUUCUAUACUACGACCGUUGGUCGGCACAAGAAACGCCGUCCCCAAUACUGGCACCAGCUCCUUUUUUGGACACUUCCGUCGUCGGAAGUGUAUGUGGUGUGUACGUAUCUGAAUGUGCGUGCUUGUGCUUCUUUCUCCGGUCCAUUUGUUGCUGUUGUGAUUUCCUGGUAGCUUUUUGUAUUAAUUUUGUUUUUUUGUUUGUGGAUUAUUUGUCACAGCUCUUCAGCUCUUAUAUUGCAUAUGUUAUGUUCUUCGAUUUGCGCACCACGACUUUUACAGAUAAGUAUAAAACCUUGUUUUCCUGUUUUUGUUUUGGUUUCGGUCACUCAUACAUACAUGUAUAUUAUUUUUUGCACUGCACUUUCUGUCACCCCUUUUUUUUCUUUUUUUUUUGUAACUGCACUUUUCUUCACUUUUUCAUAUGUUAUAUAUUGGGUUGUCAAAAAAGUCUUGUGGUAUUUUUAUUGAAUUUUUUUUUUAUUGAAAUUGAAAUGAAUUUUUGAUGACUCAUGCACAGCUCUUGGCCGAUGCUACGGCUGCUACUAUGCCGGUCUCUUUCAACCAAUUCAGCUAUUUUAUCGCAAUUUUCGACGACAGGCCUUCCGGAACGUGGCGCAUCUUCGACCACCUCUACACCAGAACGAAAACGUUGAAACCAUCGUUGUGCGGUGGAAAUGGGAACUGUAUCGGGUCCAUAAACUGCACAAAUUUUAUUGUCGGCUUGAGUUUCAUUUUUGCCUUUAUCAUAGUAGUACUGUAAAAUAUGCCGUAUUUUUUCUUUAUUUUGCUCCAUGUUUGCGACGCUAUAACUCACGAACGACUUAAAAGAAACGACAAUCAAUCAAACACGUGUUAGCGCGUGAAAUGAGAUUUCCAAGAAGGUAUAGCAUGACCCGAUGCGACGAAUAAAACUAGAACUACGCGCUUUCAGCGCCAACUAGCGAAAAUACCGUAAGACUUUUUUGACAACCUAAUUUAUAUGUAUGUACAUGAAAUUUUUUUAAAAUUUUGUCACCACCGUUAUUUUUUCCGUUUUGCCAAAUUUUUUGUCACCAACAAGUGUUUAUUUUUUUCAAACAUUGACCUUUUUUUUCCAAAUAUCACUACCGGUACUUUUUAAUACGCUUUUAUUAGCUUCACUUGUACAGUGAAACUUCGAUAAGUCGUAACCUCGAUAAGCGGAAAACCUUGAUAUUUCAUAGAAAAAUUCGCGAAAAAUGCAUGUAUUUCGGUCCCUUUGAUAACUCGUAUUUUUCUUGAGACAAAAAUUGAAAAAUGUGUAUCAAAAGCCUCCACAACUCGUAUUUUUUCCUCAAAAGCCUCUACAACUCGUAUUUUUUUUCACAAAAAACCGUACGUGACGAAAACAUAGUACGUUUUUUAACCGUUAUUAUUUUACAGUUACGCUUAUUCAUAAGUUUUGCUUUGUUUUCUACAACUAGCGUAGAAUUGAAAAUUAGCGUCUUUUUUUCAUGGCAUCAAAUGUUGAAGACACUAUUUUUAAUGACAUUGUAAGCAUUGAUAAUGCCAUAGAUAAAAUACGCCAAAAUAAUGUCCGUCAAAACGUAUUACGGAUUUCUUUUAAAAUUAACACUUUUCUUAAUUUUUUUGUACAAUUUUUCAAAAUACAUACAUAAAUAUAUUGAUUGAAUAACAUAUGUAUUUUAUAUUUUAAAAUUUAAAUAUGUACAAUCAUUUCUUGUUUUUUAUGUAAAAUUGAAAAAAUAAAUAAAAAAAACUCUAUAAUUCGUAUAUUCUGUAUGUUGCCUCUAUAAGUUGUGUAACUUGAUAACUUGAAAAACUCCAUAACUCGUAUUUAAGAUGUGCAAAUACGAGUUAUCGAAGUUUCACUGUAACUUUUUUAAGUGGUACUGAAAUGUAGAAUAUUUGAGCGACACUGUAGGAAGGCGAUAGUAAGUUUAAGCAGCUCACCAAAAAGAUGCGCUUAAAAGUAUGCAACAUCUAUAUAAAACUAGUUUUAGUGACAUUUAAAUAGCAUGCUGAUUUGGGCGUCGACCGUUCAUAAGAUGCAAGGUUGUACAGUAGAACCUGUAGCAAUUUAUCUGGGCUCUCGACUGUUUGCUGCUGGAUAAGCUUAUGUAGCACUUAGUCGUUGUAGAUCUUUGGACUGUAUUUGAAUUGAAGAACUGGACUGUUCAAAGUUGACAGGUAAAACCCCAUGUAACAGUGAAGCUUUAGAAAAAAUGAUUCGAUUAAGAAGUAAUAAUUCGUAAAGUCGUCAAUAGAACUUGGUCGCAAAUAAUGUAACAAUUAGUCAGUGAAAGGUUACGAGUAGAUAUUAAAUGCUGCCUAAGUAUCGAUUUACUUAACCAAUACUACAUGUCAUAGUUCAUAUUUUAACAAAUUUUGGGGUUUCUCACAUCAAACUAAAAAAUUAAAAAUAAAUAUAGUUUAAAAAAACUAAAAAACACGCUUUUAAAGCAUAUCAAACUAAAAAGUGAAAAAUAAUUCUUUGAAUAAACUAACAGUAAUAAUGAAGGAAAAAUUCCUGCAUUAUUGUGAGAAAAGCGUGGGGUGCUUUGUGACAUAUUUUUCAUAUAUCGAGCAUGCCACGCUUUCCAAUGCAGGAAUUUUUCCUUCAUUAUUACUGUUAGUUUAUUCAAAGAAUUAUUUUUCACUUUUGAGUUUGAUUUGCUUUAAAAACAUGUUAUUUAGUUUUUUUAAACUAUAUUUAUUUUCCAAAGUUUUUGGUCACCAACGCACAUUGGUCGGUCUUGUAUGGAAUCAGCGGCCAAAAAUAUUUCCAUUGCCUAUAUAAAAGUGAAACUUUUGCAAAAGCUUUAAAAAAAAACAAAAAUUGAUUUUAAUAAAAUUGAUUUACUUUUUGCAUGAUAGUUUUGACUGGUGAUAGAAGGAUCUAAGCCCAAAAGUAAUAGGUUUAGCAAGACCUGUAUUGUAGCGACCCGUUAGUUCUUUCGCGUAUGAUGUAGUCUAUACAUCUUAACUUAAACCAGGAAUAUUUUGAAGUUAAUUCCCUUGUAGUGUCUAGCGCAAAUCCAGUGCAUUUAGGGUUCAUUGAACUGAUUCCUUUUGGAGUUGAAUUCGAACAGGACGGAAAUAGCGGGUGGGCGAAGGUCUGGGUUUUUCCAAAUUUUUUUGUGCUCUUCAUCAUUUUGCGAAUUUAUUAUCAGGAACAUAUGUUGUGACAAAUAAAAUAUUGUAUUCCAAAUCGUUAUUUUCAAAUUUCUGCUUAUACUCGCUCUGCCCAGGACUGCCAUCAAAGUCACAUUUUCCUAUUAAUAAUAGGUAAUUAGAGGACUUCAUUGACGCAGUGUGGUCCAAUAAUUUUUUUAUCUCAACUUCAACAUCAGAUUCUGAGACCUUUACUUGCUCCGGAUAACUGUUGUUCCCUUAAAAUGUUAUCAUAACAGGGUAGUUAAUAUGAAGUUUUUUGUUAACGAAGCUUUUAAUAAGUAAAUAUAGAAUACAAUUCGGUCGUCGCUGUGAACGGACGUAUUUUUUCUCUGCUCCGCGUUCUAUUGUUUAAUCUUUUUUAAUGCCGUGAGUUUGCGGCCAUAGAGUUGAUCGUGCUCAGCCCAAGAUCAGCUGCAGUAAAUGCAAUAAAUUCUUCCACUUAUUGUGUGUGAAUUUAUCACAGGCUGAUGUCGAUUUUUUGGUGAAGUCUAAAAACGCUUUUUAUUGUAAAGUAUGCGUGGUAGUUCGCAGAAAUUUUAUUCGCUCGCCGCCUGCGUCGCCAUCUGUGCGCAAUGCUCAAUCAAAAAGUGAAGUGAGCGAACCUUUGUUAGAUGCUAAUGACCUCAAUAUGGUAAAUGCUGUGCUUAAUUCUUUGUUUUCGGAAGUUAGUUCACUGAGAAGUGAACAAUUCGAGACGCUCGCAUUAUUACAACAGCGCUGCAGAUUAGUGGAUGUUAGUCAUGUCUGUUAGUCACGACUUUUUUCAUGCGUUUUCUGCACCUUCUUCAACUGGCUCUUGUCUUAAGGUGUACUACCAAAAUCUAUCGGGUAUUAGGUGUAAAUCAAAUAUUAUUCGCAACUUUUCUUCACAUUCGGAUUUCGAUAUUAUUGUUAUUGUUGAGACUUGGCUGAAUUCCAGUUACUUUGAUAGUGAAUAUUUUGAUUCAAAUCUCUAUUACGUCUUCCGUCAUGAAAAAACUGGCUGUUUAAGAGGGGGUGGUGUUCUCCUAGCAGUUCAUCGCAAAUAUCGUCUUCGUUUUAUUAUGCUUGAUAAUGAUGAUUCCAUUCUGGACCAACUAUGUAUUUGUAUCAAUGACGCUCUGUUCAUUGUAGUCUCAUACAUCCCUCCUAAUAGUCCUCUAGAGUUGUAUAAGUUGCACGCAAAUAAUAUUUCCUCGCUGGUACUAAAUAAGGUGAAAGAGAAUAAUAUUUGUGUACUGGGCGACUUCAAUUUAAGCAAUAUCGCCUGGUCUGGUUGUUCCUAUAGUCCUGUUCUUAUUCCUUCCAAUUUUUCGUCUCCUCAGGAGUUAUUUCUCAUUGAUAGCUUGCUUAGUCUCAAUCUGAUUCAAGUCAACUCAUAUUCAAAUAACCUCGAUCGUUUUCUUGACUUAGUCUUUCUCAGCGAUAACUUAAAAUUCAGGUUUCUUGAUGGAUUAUCUUCAAUUACUCCUUUUUGAGGUGGAUACUUAUCUUUUCGCUCCUGUUAAACCUAUUGAUGAGCUUGGUUUUAAUUUUGCAUUUUGUGAUUUUGAACGACUCAACAAUCUGCUCUCCGAGAUUAAAUAGGAUGAUUUACUUUCGGGAUUAGAUACUGCUAAUAGUUUCUCGAUUUUUAAGAAAUCAAUUCAGGAAUUUUGUCAUAAUAAUAUCCCGCUCAAACAUAUGCAACCAUAUAAGUUGCCUUGGUAUACUAAGGACUUCAGGCGGUUAAAAAACCUUAGAAAUAAAUACUACAGAAAAUUCUCUUCAACUAAAUCUCAUGUUUUCUUUGUUCAAUAUUAGCACUACACAAAACUGUUUAAUGAAUUGGAUAAGUCUCUCUAUAAAAGGUUUAUUUUUAGUACGAAGUCUGCAUUUAAGUCGAACCCAAAGUUCUUUUGGAACUUUGUAAAAUCUAGAAGAGCGUGUUCGGCAAUUCCCUCUGCUCUACGCUGGGGUGAUGAGUCAGCAUGCACUCCUGGCGAAAUCUCCAACUUGUUUGCUGAAUUUUUCAAAUCGAAUUAUGUUCACGAUGAUCCCGGUACUAAUUCUACUUUUUCGGCUAAUAAUUUCCCAUCCAUAAAUUUUGGCUCACUGUGUCUUUCACAGGAUGAUAUUGCCAAGGCUAUUGGUGAUAUUAAGUCUUCUUCCAAAUUGGAUCUGGAUGGGCUUCCGCCUGUACUUAUAAAAAAUUGUACUGCCUUGGUAUAUCCUCUCAUGCUUAUCUUUAAUAAGUCUCUCUGCUCUGGGAAUUUUAUUUCUGACUGGAAAUUGACAUGCAUUACCCCGAUUCUCAAAGGUGGUAGAAAGGAUAUAAAUUUUCUACUAUUUCGAAAAUUUUUGAGUGUUCUGUUAAAAAUAAAAAUUUUUUUGCAGUAAAAUCAAUAAUUUAUGUCAAUCAGCAUGGGUUUGUCUCGGGACGCUCCACUGUAUCAAACUUAGCGGUUUUUACCGAUUAUUGUAUGUCUGCAUUCUCCGCUGGAUUUCAGGUAGAUUGUGUCUACACAGAUUUCUCUAAGGCCUUUGAUAAAGUUUCACACAAUACUCUAAUUAAAAAAUUAUCAUCUUUAGGGUUUCACUCGGUCUUCUUGCAGUGGAUUAAAUCAUAUUUACACAAUAUACGAUGCGUUGUCAGUAUCGAUGGAGUGUCAUCUGAUUCAUUCAUUGCGUCAUCGGGAGUGCCACAAGGAAGCGUUUUGGGUCCACUUCUCUUUGUACUAUUUAUCAAUGACAUCUCCUGUUGCUUCUCUUUCGCUAACUUCCUGUUAUAUGCAGAUGACUUAAAAAUUUUUGCAAUAAUCAAAAACCCACAAGAUGUACUCAAACUUCGGUGUGAUAUUGAUUCUUUUUAUGAUUGGUGCGUGAAAUCGAAGCUCCUUCUGAAUCUAGAUAAAUGCUCUCAGAUCUCUUAUGGUAGGGGACAUAGCAUCUUAUCUUCAAGUUACAAUAUUUCUAAACGUCCUAAAAUGUGUUACUGAAAUCAAAGAUCUUGAGGUAAUCUUUGACAACAGAUUUUCUUUCAGUAAUCACAUCAACUACAUCACUUCUAAAUCACUCAUAAUCUUUGUCCGUCGAAAUGCUUUAAAUUUUUCCGACCUCUACACGUUAAAAUUACUGUAUACAUGUUUUGUUCGGUCCAUUGUGGAGUUCGCAGUGUUCAUUUGGAGACCAUAUUGCAUUUCGUCAAUUAAGAGGAUCGAGCGUGUUCAAAAGAUAUUUCUUAAAUUUGCUCUCCGCUCAUUAAAGUUCGUUGACCCAAUACCUUAAUUUACAUCUUAAAUUGCUGGAAAAUCGAAGGUCCAUUCUCUAAGUACUAAUUUUGCUGGAUAUGCUCCCCUCAAGCGUGCUAUGCGGGAGUUUAAUUCGAUUUCCGAGAAAGUUCUUCUAGAUUUUUCUCACUCUAGGGUAUCCUUCAUUAAUACCCUCAAUUCUGUUUUUUAGUUUAAGUUAUCUACCUAUUUAACUGUAAUUUAAUUUUCCAUUAGUCUGUAAGAAUUAAUGUUCAUAGACUUAACUAAAUAAAUAAAUACUAAUGCUUUAUUAAAUUUGCUUCGGUGAUAAGUGAUAUUUCUUCACACAUUUUCUAAACACCAAAGUUCAAAAAUAUAUGGGCGGGAAAGUUUACACAAAUAUAGGUUGGAUAUUUUAUAAGAGAUAAUUUUUCAGCUAUUUUAACUGCACAGUCUGCGUGUUUCUAUUGUCUCACUUCUCUCGCUUUUCGUAGCGCGUACGAAUGAGAUAGAGCAAAAGUGUAUUUAUCAUUAGUUUUAUUGGUUUUUUAAGAAAUAGUUUUGAUACAAGCAUUAGUAAAUUUCAAACAUUUAUCUUUUUAUUCCUUAUCCUAUGAAAUCGACCAGUGUGCAACGACUUUUUUUUCCAAACAUUGUCGCCACCGUUUUUUUUUCAAAAUUUUUCACUAUCGGUUUCUUUUUUUUAAUUUGUUGAAAGCGUCACCGUGAUUAAUUUGUUAUUUUGUUACCACUAGUGCCGUCCGGUCCGUCCGGUACACCUCGAAGGACCAUGUAAAAAUAUAUAAAAACUCCCGGCUUACCCUUUAACUCGGCGACGAAUUCGACACAAUGAAAAGCUGAAUCUGGGAAGGCGGCUGUUUAAACGUGUAUGCGCACGAGUUAAAUAAUAAUAAUUUUGUGUUUAUUAUUUUAUCUUCUUCUUCUUCUUAAUUGGCGUAGACACCGCUUACGCGAUUAUAGCCGAGUUAACAACCGCGCGCCAGUCGUUUCUUCUUUUCGCUACGAGGCGCCAAUUGGAUAUUCCAAGCGAAGCCAGGUCCUUCUCCACUUGGUCCUUCCAAGGGAGUGGAGGUCUUCCUCUUCCUCUGCUUCCCCCGGCGGGUACUGCGUCGAAUACUUUCAGAGCUGGAGUGUUUUCAUCCAUCCGGACAACAUGACCUAGCCAGCGUAGCCGCUGUCUUUUAAUUCGCUGAACUAUGUCAAUGUCGUCGUAUAUCUCGUACAGCUCAUCGUUCCAUCGAAUGCGAUAUUCGCCGUGGCCAACGCGUAAAGGACCAUAAAUCUUUCGCAGAAUUUUUCUCUCGAAAACUCGCAACGUCGACUCAUCCGCUGUUGACAUCGUCUAAGCCUCUGCACCAUAUAGCAGGACGGGAAUUAUGAGAGACUUAUAGAGUUUGGUUUUUGUCUGUCGAGAGAGGACUUUGCUUCUCAAUUGCCUACUCAGUCCGAAGUAGCACCUGUUGGCAAGAGUUAUCCUGCGUUGGAUUUCUAGGUUGACAUUGUUGGUGGUGUUUACGCUGGUUCCAAGAUAGACCAAAUUAUCUACAACUUCAAAGUUAUGACUGUCAACAGUGACGUGAGUGCCAAGUCGCGAGUGCGACGACUGUUUGUUUGAUGACAGGAGAUAUUUCGUCUUGCCCUCGUUCACUGCCAGUCCCAUUUCUUUUGCUUCCUUGUUCAGUCUGGAGAAAGCAGAACUAACGGCGCGGGUGUUGAGACCGAUGAUAUCAAUAUCAUCGGCAUACGCCAGCAGUUGUACACUCUUAUAGAAGAUGGUACCUUCUCUGUUGAGUUCUGCAGCUCGAACUAUUUUCUCCAGGAGCAGGUUGAAAAAGUCGCACGAUAGGGAAUCGCCUUGUCUGAAACCUCGUUUGGUAUCGAACGGCUCAGAGAGGUUCUUCCCGAUCCUGACGGAGCUUUUGGUGCCGCUCAACGUCAGUUUACACAGUCGUAUCAGUUUUGCGGGGAUACCAAAUUCAGACAUCGCGGCAUAAAGGCAGCUCCUUUUCGUGCUGUCGAAAGCAGCUUUGAAAUCGACGAAGAGGUGGUGUGUAUCGAUUCUCCUUUCACGGGUCUUUUCCAAGAUUUGGCGCAUGGUGAAUAUCUGGUCGGUUGUUGAUUUGCCAGGUCUAAAGCCACACUGAUAAGGUCCAAUCAGUUCGUUGACGGUGGGCUUUAAUCUUUCACACAGUACGCUCGAUAGAACCUUAUAUGCGAUGUUGAGGAGGCUAAUCCCACGGUAGUUGGCGCAGAUUGUGGGGUCUCCUUUUUCAUGGAUUGGGCAUAGCACACUUAAAUUCCAGUCGUUGGGCAUGCUUUCGUCCGACCAUAUUUUACAAAGAAGCUGAUGCAUGCUCCUUAUCAGUUCUUCGCCGCCGUGUUUGAAUAGCUCGGCCGGCAAUCCAUCGGCCCCUGCCGCUUUGUUGUUCUUCAGGCGGGUGAUUGCUAUUCGAACUUCUUCAUGGUCGGGUAAUGGAACGUCUGCUCCAUCGUCAUCGAUUGGGGAAUCGGGUUCGCCUUCUCCCGGUGUUGUGCUUUCACUGCCAUUCAGCAGGCUGGAGAAGUGUUCCCUCCAUAAUUUAAGUAUGCUCUGGGCAUCGGUAACUAGAUCACCUUUGGGGGUUCUACAAGAGUAUGGUCCGGUCUUGAAACCUUCUGUAAGCCGCCGCAUCUUUUCGUAGAAUUUUCGAGCAUUACCCCUGUCGGCCAGCUUAUCGAGCUGUUCGUACUCACGCAUUUCGGCCUCUUUCUUCUUCUGUCUGCAAAUGCGUCUCGCUUCCCUCUUCAACUCUCGGUAUCUAUCCCAUCCCGCACGUGUUGUGGUCGAUCGUAACGUUGCGAGGUAGGCAGCCUGUUUUCUCUCCGCUGCGACACGGCACUCCUCGUCGUACCAGCUGUUCUUUUGCACUUUCCGAAAACCAAUGGUUUCGGUUGCAGCUGUACGUAAGGAGUUUGAAAUGAAUAUAAGUUCCCUUAUACCGAAUUGUUGAUGAGUGCUCUCAGAGAGCAGGAGUGCAAGCCGAGCAGAAAAACGUUCGGCUGUCUGUUGUGAUUGCAGCUUCUCGACGUCGAACCUUCCUUGUGUUUGUUGGCGUGCGUUUUUUGCUGCACAGAGGCGGGUGCGAAUUUUGGCUGCAACAAUAUAGUGGUCCGAGUCUAUGUUAGGACCUCGGAGCGCACGCACAUCUAAAACACUGGAGACGUGUCUUCCGUCUAUCACAACACGAUCUGGUUGGUGGUUUUUCGAUCCGGAGACAGCCAGGUAGCUUGAUGUAUCUUCUUAUGCUGGAAUCUAGUACUACAGAUAACCAUAUUUCGGGCCCCGGCGAAGUCGAUCAGCCUCAACCCAUUUGGGGAUGUUUCGUCGUGGAGGCUGAAUUUACCGACCGUAGUGCCAAAGAUACCUUCUUUGCCCACCCUGGCGUUAAAGUCGCCAAGCACGAUUUUGACAUCGUGGCGGGGGCAUCUCUCAUAAGUGCGCUCCAAGCACUCAUAAAAGGCAUCUUUGGUCACAUCGUCCUUCUCUUCCGUCGGGGCGUGGGCGCAAAUCAGCGAUGUGUUGAAGAACCUCGCUUUGAUGCGGAUUGUGGCUAGACGUGGAAUAAAAAUUCAUCUUCGUGUUGGGAUUUCUAAGAAUAUCUGCUGCUGCUCCUGUUAUUUUGGUGCGUACUAGGCCAAGUGCACUGUAGUAUCUAGGGUGUUGGUGAAUUCUUUUAUACCAUCCAUAAAGGUCGAUACUUGCGAUUUCCAGGAUCUAUAUUGAUCUUUGUUUCCAUCGAACCGUGGAAGUGCUUUGAAUAAUUUCAGGUCAAUUUCCAUGGGGUCGUUAAUGUGCAAGCGUAUUGCUUCGUUUUGAUCGCCCGUCGAUACUCCUUUAAACGAUUGGCUUUAAUCAAUCGCUGAUACUCGAUUCUGCUUCUCAAUGCUUUGCUGCUGCAAAGUUUGAGUUAGUACGUUGAUGUGUGCGCGUAGUUGUGCAAUAUCUGAUGUCAUCGUAACUGCUUCUGAUAUCCCAUGACUGCCGUGAAUUUUUGCCCUUUUUUCCGUCCGGAAGUGCUCCUGUCUUUAGUGGCUCUGCAGAAUUCUGUUUUUGUUCCAAUUUUUCAGCAACCUGCUGUGUCUUUUUUGAAGACCGUGGAUAUUGGUUUUUUAAGUCUUAUACUUCAAAGACUGGGUAGAAAGCAAGUUGAUUUGCGAUCCCGGUUGACCCCCACAUAAAUAAUAAUAAUAAUGUGCUUAUUUUUUUUUAUCUAUUAUAGUUUAAUAUCUCUACCUUCACGUUUGAUGUCUCUAAUUGCCACAAUAGUAAUUUAGUGACCCUGUUACAGAGAACGUAUAAUAUAGAGAAGGUUCACGGGCAGCACCGUUUAACGAUAUUUCAUUUUUUGGUGGGGUACUCUUUUCUAUUAGUGGAUUUCACCACAAAAUCAGGGGUACUCUUUUCUAUAAGCGGAUUUUACCAAUAUUUAACAGAAGCGUCGAAAAUAGCAGAAUUGAGCAUUUUCAGUGUUAAAUGAGAAAAAUUAUGCUAAUUUCAAUGUACGCUUACAGAUUCGCAUAUUUUCAAUGCGCAAGCGACUAUGGAUAUAAUUUAUAGAUAUUCUCAAUACAUGUACAUAUGUAUAUGAUAACAAAGCUUAUUAGUAUACUUAUAUGUAUGUAUGUAUGUGCAAUUUGACCUAUUUAAUGAUGAAUUCCAUUAGUUGUGUUGGGAUUUACAAUAAAGUCAUAUUUCCAUUAUUACCUAAAUUAAUAUAAAUACAUACAUACAUAUGUACAUACUUAUAUAUUGGGCAUUAGAGGUUUUGAUAACAUUUUGAAGACCAAGCCGGUGCACAUAUUCGCAUAUGGAUGUAAUUAUGUUUACAUAUAAACAGAUUUUUAAAAACCAUACCCGUAAUGAUAAAUUUUUUUUUUGAUAAAAUCCCGUUUUGAUAAAAUCUUAAAAGACAUGUGCAUAUAAGAAUGUGUACAUGUAAACAGAUUUAAAAAACCAUACGCAUAAAGUUCACAUAUUCUUCACAUACAUAUGUAUGUAAUUUUGUGUUCAUGUAAACAAAUUUGAAAGAAACAUUCGUAUAUAUUUACAUACAAAGUUAAACAUAAUAAUAUAAAAAAUAAACAUAAUGUAAAUUUGUCUACACACAACUUUGUAUGUAAAUAUAUACACCCAUUGCUUCAUACAAAAGCUCUGUUGUCACUUUGUCAAAAAGUUAAUUGUAGAAUAUCGGAGCUGUACUGAUACCGCUUCCCUUGCCGCUGUACAGCUUCGCUUACAAACCAGCGUAAACAUGUACGAGUAUGUAUGUUUGUGUGUGAGCUUUCAUACAUAUCAACGCAGCUGCGUAAAAAUAUUUCAGAAUUACAAAAUAUUUUUUACAUUCGUUGACAAAUACAGUCAAUCCUGGUUAUGUGCCACAAUCAUAGAUACAGAUAUUUAUAGUUAGUUAAAAAUAAUAAUAUAAUAUGGUACAUAAGCGACUGCGGAUACUUAACCGAGUCGUACUUAAGACAAUAAUUUCUAUGAUAUUUCAAAAAACAAACCGGGAGAUGCAGCAAGAUAUAAUAUAGGCUGUUAAAAAUUAUGAGGGAGGGAUUUGAUUUUCAUUUAAGCGGAGUACUACUUAACCGGGAUUGACUGUACACAUGAAUCAGAGGAAUAUUGAAUAUUUUCUUUGAAACAUUUCUUGAAUUCAGUCGAAAGCCUAUGAUGCUAGUGCUGCGUACUAUAGUUUAUAUAAUAAUUUGUUUAUUAUGUAAGCUUUAAUAAAAUAAAAUAAAAAAUUUCUUGAAUUGAAAAUCGACAAAUAAACUAUGUAGUCAUUUUUAUUAUAAUAUAUUUUAAUACUUAUUUUUGCGGGGUUGACACUUUUUCCUUCUCAUACAUUUCAGAAAUAUAUUCAAUUAAUGAUUUUUAGCUUUUGAAAUCGUCGCGAAAAGACGCUUGUAGGCAAGGCAUGUUCGGGGAGAUGUAAUGGCGUCUGCUUUUAUGAAUGAAAUGAUAUUUUCUGAUGCUUUUUCAAACGAUUGUUGUUUUUGUAGAACAAUAUUUGUAAUUUUUGCGGGUGACAUAUGCACAUGAGAACGCAUGUAAGUUUGUAUGUUGUGUAUGCAUUGUUUGUGUGGGAAUGUCAUACGCACAUAUUUACAUACGUGUGUACUCAUAUUGUGAGUAUGUGUGUAUGAUGAUUUUUUGAAACUAUUGUUGUUUUUCCAGAAAAAUGUUUGUAUUUUUUGAUUUACAUGCGUACGCAUACAUUAUUUGUGUGAGAAUGUCAUACGCACAUACAGGGUAGGCCAUUUAAAGUUGACCCAUUUGUUUCUAAAAAAAAAGAACAAAAGAAAACAAUGUUUUUUGUUCAUUUCAAAAAUAAUUUAUUUUGGUCCAAGGGGAUUUGUUUCAGCUAAUAUUUAAAAAUUAGAUCGCGUAAAUGGGCACCUUUAGCUUUGACAGCUAAAUGCACUCUUUUUUCGACAUUUUCCAUGACUUUGGCCAAUGUUUCGGAUGAUAUGGCGGCUGUUUCACGUCGAAUGUUGGCUUUCAGUUGAGCUAAGGUCUUUGGCUUAUUAGCGUAUACCUUGGAUUUCAAAUAACCCCACAAAUAAAAGUCUGGUGGCGUCAAAUCUGGUGAUCUCGGUGGCCAGUCAACAUCACCAUUUUUCGUUUUUAGCCAUUUCGAUGGCCCAUUUGCCAAAAUUAAGGCGUCGCGGAUAAUCAGCUGGGUUUAGUUUUUGUGCCAUUUGAAUUUUAUAUGGAAACAUCUUCAAAUCUUUAUGAAUUAUGCGUCGGAGAGUGGUGCGAGAGAUGUCUAAUUC